AGAUGGCCGUCAGCUGAGCGCAAACUGUAAAGAGUGUUAGCUCUAUCGACAGAAGUUCCACAAAAGAUAAGAUAUUAGCUCUCCAUUUUAUCCUUAUGUAUGAAAAAUAAUAUUUUGUGCUGGGCAAUUUUGGAGAAAAAUUAAAAUGUCGACAGAGCUUCAAGGAAGUGGAAAAGAUCGACAGAAAAGUGCGGAUAAGAAUAAAUCUCGCCUUGCAGCUUUGGCACCUGGAGAAAAUAUUAAGGAAAAGCAGGUAUAGUCAUGUUCUGUAAAAAAAUUUAGAUCUGAUAUAGAUUUUUAUCAUUUUUGUGUAAGCAGUUAUAAUGAAAUAUUUGAUCAAUUUUAGAAUUUAUGGUUAAAAACAAAGGCCUAACUAAUGAUAAAGGUGGCAUCUGAUUGUAUUGGCGGCAUUGGUGAUGAUUGAUUGCGAUGGACAGUACAAUGGACACUGGUACAGCAGGAAGGUAUAAAUAAAAGAAGAAAAGAUUAAAUCGAAAGUAAAAUCAAAGUUAUUAAACUAUAUAAUUUUAAAAAAAAAUAGUUUAGGCCUUUAUAUUUUAGAAAAUUUAGGCAAUAAAACCUAAAAAAAAUUUCAAGCUUAAUAAUAAUAUAGUAUAGGCAUAGGCUGGCAUAGGCUUUGAGUUAGGCCUAUAAAUUAUACAAUAUCCUAAAUUUAAUUAGUAAACUUUAAACGGUGACUGAGUGAGUCUAAAAAGUUUUUCUUUAAAAGUCAAAUAAUUCUAUAAGUUAUAAGGCUUUCAAGGCAAAUUAAUUAAUACUCUAACUCUAAAAAAUGCUCUGUUUAUCACCACAAUAAACAUUUUCUUUUUGUUUGUUUUGACCCAUCAAUAUCAAUUGAAAUUUCUGAAAUGAAAUGACAUUUUAAGAAAUUUAAGACUUAUUUUUUACCGUUUGAUCAAAGAUAUGAUGAAAAAUAGAUAUAAUCACUUCCAACACUUUAAUUUUGAGACUGAAGAUCUUUCAAAAAAAAAAAAAAAAAAAAAAAAAAAAAAAAAAUUUUAAGAAAUUUAAGAAUUAUUUUUUACCGUUUGAUCAAAGAUAUGAUGAAAAAUAGAUAUAAUCACUUCCAACACUUUAAUUUUGAGACUGAAAAUCUUUCAAAAAAAAAAAAAAAAAAAAGAAUUGGCACACAUCCUAAAUAUGUCCCUCUGCCUCUGUGUAGAAACAAAAUAGGAUACGCCUACAUGUUAUUCUAAUAAUUGUUAAAAAAAUAAGCCAUUAUAAAUUAUUUAAAAAAAGAAGACUAAAUAUAAAAUAAAAUAAAAACCUUUGAAAACAAAACAUUAAAUUUAUCUCCAUUUCCUUCAAUCAAAUUUGUUUGGACAAUAAUAUUAUUGAUUUAAUAUAAACCAAAUGGAUUAACUAUAACUUAAAAAAAACACUCUACAAAUAAAUAAUUAACUUAACAGAGAACAGUUUCAGUUUUGUUUACUUUUGAAUUUUGUGAUGUCAGUAUUAAAAUUAAUUAUAGUUUAUUAGUUAAAAUGAGAUUACAAAAACUAAGGAAAAAUGCCCUUUUAGAUAAUGUUUAACCAAGCUGUUUGGCCAACUUACAUAAAUAAUAGAUUUAUAAGACCAUGGUAAAUAUUAAAAAACAUAUAUUACAAUACAUUUAUUACUUUUUUCAGAAAUAUAUUGAUGACUAAAACUAUAAUAUUUCUUAUAAGAUUGAAUUAAUAUAGACUAAAACAGCACCACAGUUUUUAAUUGAUCAAAUAUGUCUGAAUUAAAAAAAAAAAAAAAUUAAUAUAACAAUUCUUUUGGGAGUUUAAAAAAAUCAAUUAAUUCGUAAUGUUCACAAAAGGUAAAUGAACUGCUAGAAUCUUAGGUAAAUAUUUCAUCUAUUUGCUCAUUUUUGUUUUUCUGGGUAACCAAUAGUUUGACUUUAUCUGGCCACCCUGGAGCAGUGCCAAGAUCUUAAGUUCAAUGUUUAUUCUUGUAAUCUCUAGCUACAUUGAGUUUUAGCAUGCCUGUAAUAUUGAUUUAAUUUUAUUAUCUUGAACUAGUUGAACUAGCAUUGGGUAGAAAAGUUGUCAUUUUUUUGUUGAUUGGAGUUUUAUUUAUUUUUUUUUUUUUUUUGUGUUUUUUUUUUUUCUCCCCCCCCCCCCCCCCCCCUUUUUUUUUAUCACUAUAUGAUAUAGGCAGUGGCAUAGCUCGUUAUUGUGCAGAAAAAUUUCUCAUAGAUUAAAAUGCAAUUCUUACACAAAUAAUGAUAUCUUAUAUUUGUAGGCUACUUAACUGAUAUAUAAUUGCUACCAGGUAUAGGAAACUGUCUGAUCUUAUCCAGAUAAAGAACUAAAAUCGAAGCUGCUUUCUUGAGUGUUGCUUAUUUCAUCAAGCUUAAUAAGUUUGCACUGAUGCUUUUAAUUUAUCACUAUUACAUUUAAAUGUCUAUCAUUGUAGCUAAAGCUGAAAGAGGAGAGAGAAGCCAAGAGGGCCCAGUUAGAUGAAAGACAUUACUAUGUCCUCCAGACAGUGGCUGAUAGCUUGGGAAUGGACAGAUCAGAGGUGGAAGAUGCCAUCUUAGAGGGAAAUCAGGUAAGAAAAUGGUUGUGUUCCCUUGUGAAGUUUGAUCAUAGUUUCAGUAAUUCACUAAAUAUUUGAUACAUUCUUACAAAUGGACAUAUUAAAAUAUAAAGUAAAAAUUACGUACAUUAGAUAAUUAGAUGCUAACUUUUUUUUAAUUUUAGAAAAAAAUGAUGUUUGGUUUGAAUUGUGAAGGGAUUUUUAUAAAUUUGGAGAAUAUUCAAAGGCAAUGUAGAUUAAAAUUUUGUAAAUAGAUUUUCUCGGAUUUAAUAAAUGGCUUGUUUAUUUACCUAGAUUGAAACAAUGGAGAAGUUUCUUGGGGUAAAUGGAUGCAACCGCCUUCUAUUUUACUACCAGGAACCAGAAACAGACAAAGAACCAGGUAAUUUUUAUUUUACUUGAAGCUCAGUAAUUUUGCCCCAUAACUUUAUUCAUGCAUUUUGAUAAUCCCCCAACACCCACCAACCAACCCCCCAAUAAUAAUUGUCACAUUCUAUUUAAUGAUUUAUUUGUAAGUGUUGUUGUUUCAUAUUUAUUGAAAAACUUGUUAUAUUAUUUUUAUUACGGGACAAAGUGGUCAUUAAAACGCAGUGCUUUUAGUUUUAGUGCUUAUAGCUGUUUAUACCAUAGUGGGCCACUUGGUGAGAAAGUAAAUUUGCAUAUUUUAAAUUUUGACUGUGAAAUAACAAAUAAUAGAAAUUUCUAUUGAUUUAACAAAUAUUUGUUGUAUUUGCUAAGCUAUAUUUUAAAAUUUUGUUUUCCAUCUUUGAUUGUUUUCUUGACAAUUUAUGUCCCUAAAUUUGAUUGUAACUAAAAUGAAUUUCAAAGUACUUAAUUUAAUAUUUCUCCUAACAAAUAUUUGGUUUGGAAAUAAGCUAAUCACAUUUAUAAAUAAGAUAUGAGAAAAAAAAGGAGAACUAUUGCUAAUUCAUAACCAAGGGAAUAUGAAAAUAAAAGGCUAUGUUUAAAAACACUAAUCGGAGUUUGUUGAAAAUUGUUUCUACAGCACUGGGGCCAGCAGUUACUCUUGAUUAUUGCCCAUUACCUCCUGGUUAUUUUAAGCACAGAAGAAAUUCCAGAAGCAAGUGGAGACUUCUUAAUUUUAAAUUCCAUGUCUUUCUUUGUGUGCAAAACUCCCAUUUUCUUGUAUUUUAUCUCAAUGUGCUUUCAGAAGUAUUUUGGCAUUACACAACUCUAAAUUUUGUAAAGCACCAGAUUAUUUGGAUAAUAUGCCACCUUAAAUUUUAUAUUUUAAUUUACCUGGGUUGUUUUACUAAACAUAGAGGUGGUUAUGCUGUGAUGUAUUAAACAAAAAAUACACUCUAAGCUAUUUCUUGCUUACACUUCUAACAUUUUGUGUAUGAUGAAUACCCAAAUUUCACUCUUUACCCCUUUGCUACUUUGCACCUGCUGCCUGUUAUCUGAAGUUUAUUAUUAUUUUUGUUUAAAGGUCAGAGAUUAAAUUUAAUUAAAUUACUGGAUGUUUUCAUGUGAAAAUAUUUUUAUAACAUUUCAAGUGUGAUGAUUGGAAAUUUAAAAAAUGGUAUGAAGGGCUAUUAAAAAAUUGUGAAGCAUUUAAAGAAUUUUGUUACACCAGCAAUAAUGAUAAUUUAUAUAUCAGAUGAUCAUAUGCUUCAUCUCUAAAGGAUAGACAUGAAUGAAGUUAAGUAUAUGAGAAUUAUUAUUCAAAGAGGUUAAAGGCUCUGAAUAUAACAAAACUCAAUGCAAAUAGUUACUUUACAAUAUGUCACAAUAUUAUAAAAUAUAAGAAAUUCCCCUGGCAGACUGUAACCUAGAAUCAAUUCAGGAUGGAAAUAAUCAAUGAAAGCUAUUGAGCUGCUGGAAUCAAUUUAACAUGGCCAACCUCAUGAAGUGGAUAUAAUAGAGAAUAGUUGAGUGACUUGUAGUUGAGCUCAAGUUGUUAAUGUUAAUUGAACUCCAUUAGGCCACGGCAUAAAAAAAUCUGCUUAUAAUGGGUUGUCAUAGAAAUACAAGCUCUUGAAGCUUUGAAAUCUAAAAAGUGAUUACAGACCCCUGGGUGACAAAUUACAAUUUAAACCCCAGUGCUUCUUAUUGGGAAGACCAGUUGAUAUUUUGACUAAUAAAUUAUAAAAAGGCUACCUCAUUUUUAAAAAUUUACAGCUCAUUUCCUUAUUUACUUUACAUCAAACACUCUCUUCUUACUAUUUUCACCUCACAAUAUUCGACACCCCAUUUUAUUUGACACCACAUAAUAUAAUAUAUAAUUUUUGUCCAUGCAUUCUCAGCUAAUUUGUUUCAAUUAUUAAAAAAUCUACUUUAAAUUUUGUUGAAAACAUUAUUUUAUUAUAAUUAUAUUUUUAAACUAUUUUAUUUGAUGCAAAGUGUAUUUUAAUUAUUUCAUGAUUGAAUUGAAAAUCUUAGCUCAAUACAUAGUACGUACCUGAAUUGUCUAUAUUUUAAGAUUUAGUGUUACAUUUUAAUAAAACACCAUCAAUCCCCUUUAUUCAACUCAAGGGUAGUUUCUAAUCUUUUUUUUCCUUAGAGAUUAAAUAAUUUCAAUUCUAAGAUAUAGUUUGAUGUCAUUCUUAUUAAAGUUAAUUAUGAAUCUUUUCAUAAAUGCUAUAUUAUUAAUCCAGACAACAACCUAUUGUAGAGAUACCUAAUAUGUGGAAUGUUGCGUUUGUAUAAUGAAGAAACAUAAAAUAGUAUCAGAGAGUGUACUUGUGAUUUUGUUCAUUCUGAAAUGUGCUAUAAAAACUCUGUUUUUUCAAUGUUAUUUUUUUAUUUAAAAGGUUGGUGACAUAUAUUUUUUUUGUGGUCUCCCUUUUUAACACAUAAUUUCAGAAGAUGUCUUGGAAACUUAAAUUUUCUAGAGAUCUCAAAGCAAAAUAAAAUGGUUUGAUUUUCUUUCAGGGCUCAUUUCUUUUUGUGAAUUUGCAGACUAGUUGUAAUGUGCAUGUGCUUAAAUGAUUCAGUUAUUUUGAUUAAAAGGAAAACAAUUUAUAAUGCAUUGAGCAGAACUUGAAAGAAAGCUUGAAAUAGCCUGAUGAUUAAGGUACAUAAGAUGUUCUUGAUAGCUGAAUAUUAUUUCACUAUCUACAGCAACUGAUAUAAAUCGACUGGGCCCUCCUCCAGCUAAGAUUCUAAGGACUACCAAACCCAAAGUUUUCAUUGCUGAUGGCAAAGAGACACCCCUGAAAGGCAUAUGUUUAGUUUUUACUCGCAUGCCAUCCACAAGCAACACUAGUGUCACAGAAGCCAAUAUGAUUAAGGUCAGUUCAUUCUCAUCACCUGGGCUUGAAAAGAGAGGUAUGAAAGGUAAAUUAUUUUAUAUAAUUUAUGUAAUUAAUUUCCUAUUUCAUCACUUUGAUGCAUUAAAUACAAGAAAUAAUCAGCUUUCCAAUUUCCAAAUCAAUACAGGAAAUUAAUUUCACAAUGCUGGACUGUAAUGGCCAAGGUACAAAUGGACGGGGAUUGUUGCAUGCAGUUGAAAGUGUUCUGUCUAGUGUAUUUAUUCCUGCACUGAAGAAGCUUGAGAAUGGAUGGGAUCAGUUGUCCAGUCAAGAAGGAGAUGGCAUUCGUAGUGGCUUUCUUAAUUCUCUGGAUUCAUUUGUAUCAGUUUUAGUUGGUAGGUGCACUUCAUAGAGUAAAAAUUUAGCAACUGAAAUGUCUUUUAAAUGUCCUCAAAUUGUUUAUUUGACUAGAUCUGAAUCAAAUGUGGAGAAAAGAAAUAUAUCUUUUAGCAUUAGCAUAAACUACAGUGACCCGUAUAUGGAAAGAAACAAUGAAAACUAUUUGUACGUAACAAGUUUGUAGAAAGGAAGUUUGUUCGAGUGGAAAUUAGUUUAAUAAAAUUUAUUUUGAAUGGAAGUUUGUCCAACUAGAAGAAAUGGAACCAAAAAUAUCUUAAACAUUGUUUUUUUGUCUUCCCCAAUUUUAACUGGCACCUUAAAGAUCUCUGUCUAAUGACAUUUAUUUUGAACUUAUUUCCAUAUAAAUUUUGUUUGUACAAAUGCGGACAACCAACAGGGACCACCUUGGAAAAGUUUUAACUUUUUUUUUUUUUUUUUUUUUUUUUUUUUUUUUUUUUUUUUUUUUUUUUUUUUUUUUUUUUUUUUUUUUUUUUGAGCAUUGGUUUAUUGAUGAAUUAUUGGAAUUGUAAUCACACUCCACUGUCUUCACAAAUUACAAAAAAUGUCAUAUUUUUUUAAAAAGUAGAAUAAAAUCAGUAUUUUUUUCAAAUUUAUUUAACACCUAUUAUCUGUUUUGGAAAAGUGUAGACACACAAUUUUUAAUUCUACCCUCAGUUGGCUGUCUUCUUAUUUCAAUGAUAACUUUUUUAUUCAAGAUUUUAUAACCUACCUGAAAUAUAUAUUUUUAUAGUCAAUUCAGGCAGAUAUUUACUCAUAUCUUGGCCUGGGGACUACCCUGAAACCAUUCAAAUCUGCCUUUUCCUGGUUAUACGGCAGACAUGCUACCAAAAUCAGUGAUGUCAUGUCACAAUUUAAAAGGAAAAUACGUUUUUAAAUCAUGUGAAUGUUCCAGUAUUUAAUAGCAAACAGUUUCUUAUUUUAUAUUGCACUAACAUAACUUGUGUUUAAUCCAAUGGCUAGAGUACAAAACUAAUUUAGCUCUAUGCUGUAUUCAUUUUUUCAAAAUUAUGUUUUAAAGACAUGGGCAGUUUAUUACAGUUUACUUUUAAUUACUCUAAAAGGCGCUCAAGAGAGCCUGGAUGACAAAGUGACCUUGAAGCCUUGUGAGAAUUAUGACUUGACCAAGGUGAACACUAUAAAUGAUUACCAAUCUGUAGCCAACAGCACUGAGUCUCUGGAGAAGAUUGAGGACUGCAUGAGAGUCUGGAUAAAACAGAUUGAGCAGGUUGGUAACCUUUGUAGCUUCUUUCCCUUUUGCUUAAUUUGUUUAAAAUGAAAACUGUGUAAGGUACAUCAUAAUAGAACAUGUGUAACAUAAAAAGUCAGACAGAAUGAUAGGUCAUGUUUACCAUAAUGAGUCAGACAGCAUAAUGGGACAUGUGUACCAUAAAAAAUGCAACAUCAUAAUAGGACAUGUGUACUAUAAAAAGUCAGACAGCAUAAUAAGACUGAAUGAGAAUUUUGGACCAUAAUAGGAUAGGGUUUAGGUAAUUAAAUAGAGACAGCAUAAUUAGACAUUUGCAGCUUGAUAGAAAAAUGGGAAGGACAAUUAAAAAAAAAACAACAUUAAUCAUAGGACACUGGCUCUAUGAUAUAGAUGCACUAGCCUUAGACUCAUUUUUUUUAUCUUGAGAUUUUUUGCUAACUCUACUCAGGAGAGCAUCAUUCCCAUUGCUGCAAGUAAAUAAUUUUCAUAAAAUAACUGUUUACACAUUGAACAAGAAGUUAAUUUCCUCUGUGAAGGUUCUUGCUGAAAGUGAACAGAUGAGACGUGAAGCUGAUGACAUUGGACCCAGAGCUGAACUUGAACACUGGAAGAAACGAAUGUCCAAGUUUAAUUACCUUGUGGAUCAGAUCAAAGGUCAUGAUGUCAAGGUUGUUCUAGGAAUCUUACAUGCUGCCAAGUCCAAACUAAUCAAGGUGUGUGAUGUUGUAUUCCGUAGAAUUAUUAUGAGAAGAAACUCAAUACAGUAGAACCUGGUCAUGUUGACGGCCUCGGGGUUUGCAGAAAAGCGUCGAGAUAACCGAUGAUCGAGACAGCCGAAAACCAAUAUGGCAGCAAUAUAUUAACAAGUGCUUGAAAUUUCUUUAUGUACAUGAUGUGCGUUAAUAAAUGCAGGUACUUAAGUAUAGAAAAUAAUUAAUAAUUCUUAAAAUAUUACAGUUAUUUUUACAGUUAUUUCGAGCAAAUUUCAAAUUAAAAAAAUGAAACCAGAAUCAAUUUUUUAACUUUAGAACUUUUUGAGCUACGAAUUUUUAAAGUGCGAGUUCAUUUGGUAUUUUCUACUAGGGACGAAGCCUGCACAUUUUGUGACCUUAUUCUGCUGAUCGUGUCUUGCACAACGACUAUAUAGUUUAUAUAAGGCAAUGCAUCCCCUUAAUAUUAAAAUACUAUUUAGGGACUACUUAUUUUGAACUUUCAACUUUGGCACAUGACUAUUUAAUUAAAGCUUUCCCUGACCAAUGGUUUAAUAGCUUUUGCACACGACAAACUCUUAUGAAUGAAACUUUGAUGUAGUGCCACGGCAUAGCAAUUAUGCAAGUGACCGUGAAUGGCUGUCCAUGACUACGUUUUGCUCACAGCAAACUAUGAUCAUUUAUAAUAUGGACACUACCGGGUUUUUAAACCUAGAAUUAAAACAUAUUUAUUUAAAUUACUUCUAGGUUCAUUCUAAAACACAAGUCCUGUAUUUUGAGAAAUAAAUAAUUAUUUUUAAUUAUGAAUAAUUGUUUAUUUGUUGUUUGCUAUUUCUUCUUGCGAAGUUCAAAAGUCGGCGAUUGGUCAUGGGGUUAGAGAUAACCGAGGUUAAGUGGCAAAUUUGUCAGCCUUUUGUGCUCGAGAUAUCAGGGUUUGGCGACAUAAAAGAAUCAACAUAGCCGAGGAGAAAAUGCUAAGACAAAGGGAGAAUUUGGCGGUUCCACUUCAAAAACGUCGACAUUACAGGGUUGGCGAAUUAACCGAGGUCAAGAUAAGCGGGUUGCACUGUAUUUUGUUGGAUACAUAAGUUUACAAUGUUUCAUCACAUUGCUGUGUAAUGGUACGGCUUCAACUACUCUGAUCUAGAUUUGGCAAGAGCUUGACAGACGUAUUACUGACACAGCCAAUGAGGCCAAAGACAAUGUUCGUUUCCUCUACACUCUUGAAAAGCUAUGUGACCCACUUUAUCACAGUGACCCAGUGAGUACUUUAAAAAAUUUUUCCAGAUAUAAUAUCCAAAUUAUUCGAUUCUUGCUUUUAAAUUAAAUUAACCUUGCUUAAUGUAGUUGCUUUAUCCCUUGGUUCAUUUCUGGAAAGAAAGAUUUAACUUCACUUUUUGUUUCAUUGUUUUUAUGCUCAUACAAACAUAAGAAAUAGGAAACAAUUAAAAUUAUUUCUGUCCUCCAGGUUGGAAUGUUGGAAGGUAUCCCAGCACUGAUCAAUGCCAUCAGGAUGGUUCACAGCAUAUCUAGAUACUACAACACUUCAGAGAGAAUGACCUCCCUUUUUGUAAAAGUAAACAAAAACACAUUAGCUCUAAAUAUUUUGAUUUUAUUUAUUUUCUUUGUUUUUAACUUAUAACAAGUAGUGGGAUAGAAAUAAUUUAACAACCGGUUCUUUGUCCUAAUGACCAUUUUAAAUAUAAAAAAACAAAUACCAUUAGGUAGGUUAUUAUUUCAAUGUGGGAGCAUACAUUUUAUAAAUCUUAACAGAAAUUUUUAAAAAUAGUAUAAUAAUUCUUUUCAAUCUUCUACUAUCCUUAUUUUAUUUUAUAAUUUCAUUUAUAGUUCCCUAUUCUUGUUCCAUGUUUGCUUAUAUUUUUUUAAUGCUUCACUGCGUAUCACAGUUUGCCCAAUCAAGAACAUGUUAUGUAUCUUAAUGGAGAUGAGCCAUCAUCAUUGAACAUUUAUUCUUCUGCAAUAUUCCAGUCAGCCAGCAGAGACCAUUCAAAUGGCCUACAUCUCUCAGGAAAUAGUCCUGUUUGGCCAGCUCAACAACCAAAAAAAAAUGUUUUAACCUUUGCCUGUAUGUCCCAUUUUGAGCAUCCGGUUAUUUCAUUACAUAAUCUUCAGAUCACCAAUCAGAUGAUCACAGCCUGUAAAUCAUAUAUCACUGACAACAAGAUUGAGACAGUCUGGUCCCAGCCAACAGAUGUGGUGAGACAGAAACUUGGUGCUUGUAUUGGUCUUAAUGAUGAUUACCAGAAACAUUUUCACAAAACAAAGGUACACAAAAUAUUUUCACGUCACCGGUUAUGAUGCCAUGGCAUAUAUAAAUAACAUACUUAUUAGUUUUAGUAUUGAUGUCUUAAUAAAAAUUUAAGUUUAUAAUUGUCAGAUAGAUUUUUCAGGGUUAUGAAUCUUUCAUUUAAUCUUAAAGUGAUGAGAUACUGUAAAUAUUAUUCUUCAUCAAAAGUUUAGCUUGAUAAAAUAGAUUAAUGAAAAUUCUACCUACAAUGUUGCUUGCUUUCUUAGGCAAAACUUGAGACCACACCCAAUGAACGGCCGUUUGACUUCUCAGAAAUGUAUAUCUUUGGCAAAUUUGACACCUUCACAAGAAGACUAAAAAAAAUUCUGGACAUGUUUGAUACCAUAGACAAAUAUUCCCAUCUGUCAGAAAGCAAGAUUGAAGGUGGGUGGUCUCUAGCGUGGUUUACCAAUGUAGUGGCAUAUUUCAGAUUUGAGAGUUUUUCUCAUGGCUGAUGAUAGUUGUAAUACAGCAAUGGGCUUUCUUUCCCUAAGAUCAUUUCCUGAUUUAAUCUUUAUCUAUAAUGCCAGUUUGUCAUUUGAGAUUUAUUAUUUUUUGUUAAACUUUUCCUACUCCAGUGGGGCUCUUGUUACUUAACUUUUAAGCAAGCUCUUUUUAAAAAUUUUUUGCUGUGAAUUAUGUUACAGAAUAUUUAUGUUCAUUUUAUUGUCAGGUAUGGAACUCAUGGCCAACAAAUUCAAUGUCAUUGUGACAGCCAUACGCAAACGGCCAUAUGAUUUCUUGGACCAACGUAAGAUGGAGUUUGACCAGGACUAUGAAGACUUCAAGAGACAGAUAAAUGAUCUUCAUGUAAUAAGAAUUUCCCUUACCGAUAACUUUGGCUGAACUGUUUUAUUUCUUUUGAAAUAGUAGAUUUUUGGUGAAGUCCACUUACUGAUAAGUUUGAUCAAAUAGAAUGUUAUACAAAAAAGUGGAAAAUGAGCCAGGAAAAUUCUGUGUUAACAAGCAUUGGUUCACUCAAACCAUUUGAUUCGAAAUCCAAAUUGCUCAAAAUAUUGUCUCGAUUUUUUUCUUACUCCGCGCAUGCAUUUUAAGUUUUAUUUUCUCUGUACAGACAGCCAUUGUGACCUUUAUGGAUCAGAAGUUUGAGAAGAUCACAAGCACACAACGAGCUCUUGUCCUUCUCAAAAAGUUUGAGAUGUUACAGCUGGACAACCUCGGGAUACCAGAAAAAUAUCAACGGAUUCUACAAUAUUACAGGUGUUUUUUGUGGCUUUGACUUAGAGAUGACAUCAUAAUUUAUGUAUCUGGGCAUUCUAAAAGGAGUAUUUUAAAUGAGACUAUGGCUUAAAUAUUUUACAUUGUAUGGUAACAUAUAUUGAUACUAUUUAAAUGACUACUACAGUUAAUUAGAACAUUACUAAUUUCAAAAAUGUUAUUAACUAUUUUGCUAUGAAUCAUCAGCCGUGAUGUUGACAUGGUGUCAAGGAUUUACCAAAAGCAGAAGAAUGAUCCACCCCUGGACAGAGAUCACCCACCUAUUGGAGGAAAGAUUUCGUGGGCCCGGCAACUCUUCAGAAGAAUUCAGGUGCCCUAAAAUCUCCUUAGAUGUUUUUUUGCUCCAUAUUUUUUAUAGUUACAAAAAAACGAGCCUGACAUCUUAAUACCUCGGCUCUUUGUGUUUAGAAAUUAUCUCUUGAGCACUCACCUGUGCUCAGUUCGUUAAAUCCGAACUCUCUUCUACAGGGUCCCAUGGAAGUUUUCCAAAGACAUGGGACUAUUCUCCAGGGCUCAGAGGCCAAAAAGAUUGUGAAGAAUUACAACAAGAUUGCCAAAGUGUUGCUUGAAUUUGAAAUGCUCUAUCACAGAGGCUGGCUAAGACAGGUAAAUAAAUACUACAUCACAGAGGCUGGCUAAAACAGGUAAAAAAAAUACAAUACAUUAUGUAAAGUUAUUUAACAGCUGAGCCCUUAAUUAACCUCUCAAUCUACAAAUCUCUGACCUAAGAUUGGAGACACCUCUUGGUAUUUUCUGAUAAUGUCAAGCUACACAACAAAGCAAAGCACACAUUCUAUCCUCAGAUGGAAGCUGCCAAAUCUGGUCUGCAGGCUUCUCUGUUGGUGCGCCACCCAGAAACCAAACAGCUGUACGUCAACUUUGACUUUCACAUCUUCACCAUGAUCAAGGAAACCAACCACAUGUUCAACCUGGGGCUGGAGAUCCCGCCCAUCGCUAAAACCAUGCGGGCUAAAGAAAUGGAAUACAAGAACAACUACUCUGCACUCUGUGUGAGUUAUUUUACUUUUUUCAGUAGUCCUAUUGCUAAAUCAGUCACAGUGCUGAAGGAUAAUUGACUUCUCCCUGAAAAUAAGGUUUAAUAGAAGGGUUGGUUUCACCUGGGGCUGUAAAUUCCUGGUGUCGCCCCUCCGGACUUCAUGCCCUCAACCAACCAGAUCAUACAGCAUUGCAUACUGUAUUGUUUUUAAAUGGAGUCAUACAAAAACAAAAGACAUAAGAAGAUAACAUAGAAUUUUAGGUAACGGCUUUUAUGAAAUGCAACAAAAUUAUUUUUUUAUUAAACAUUUUAGUUUUAUAGUUAAAACUUUACUUUCCUGGUCUUCAAAUAAGCAAACCUAUCAAUCACUUCAUCAAACCUGUCAAUUACUUCAUCGAACUUGUUGAUCACUUCAUCAAAAUUAACAUUCUCCACCUUAAUACUUUCAAAGACAUAAUUGUAAGAACAGAAAGUCUGGACUGAUCCUCCCCGGUAGAUUGCAAAUAGUUCUUUGUAAGUUUCAGUUUUGAAAAGAUAUUCUGACAUGAAGCUACGCACAGUGAGAAAUAAUUAUUGGUUUAAUGAGAGGACUGGAAGAGAUUCUAAGAAGUCCCAAGAAGUGUGUGUUGUACGUUGUGUGCACUAAUGUGCACAAGGGUCUCAUAGAGCUUCAGUCUGCGUUAUACAUUCAUCAAAAUUUUCUUCAGCUUGUUUUACUGCAGCAUUAGGAGUACUCCAGCAUGUUCUUUAUAUUGAAGUCCAAGUUGUUCAAUUAAAACAUCCCAUCUAUGAGUGGAAGCAGAGAGAUGGAAAACAUUCUAUCAAGAGUACCAAAAAACAAGGGUACCCUUGUGCCUUGGGCUAAAAGAUUGAAAUUAUAUAACCAUAACAAUUAUUACAGAGACGUGCAUUAGCCCUUUUAGUCCUUUAAAUUUAGCAGUUAAUUUAAAAGAACCAUAUAUAAAUGGGAUUGCCAUACGAGUUUAUUGUUUAUAUUUUUCUGAAGUGAAUGCUGUGGGCAUCACAAACUUUAGCUGCAUUGCCAAUCUUGUGGAAAAUGUACUAGUGACUGGAACCCCUCUGUAGGAACCCUGUUCUUGUGGCACCCUGUUCUGGUUGUACUCUGUCUGAUGGCACCUUGCUCUUAAUUUUAACUUAGAUAUGUUAUUGAACUGACUUAAGCAAGCUCUGUCAAAUUUGCAAUUUUACUUUGGGUCACCCCCCUGUGACGGUGUCACCCGGUGUGGCCAGCACAUACACCCCCCCCCCUCCCUGGACACCACUUCAUCCAACUUUGAUUUUAUUAUAAGCAAAAAAUAUUAUAAGCAGAUCAACAGUCUUUUAUCCUUAUCAUCAAUUUUGGAUCUAGUAAUCUUUGUGAGAGACAAAUGAAGAUUUUAAAAAAAUUGUUUAGUUUAUGGGAUUAAAAUAAAAAUGUUUUAUUUCCAGAUAAAAAAUUAAUUUAAUAAGGUGAGGCGCCCCCCCCCCCCCCCCUAAUGAAAAUUUUAAAAAAAAUGUUUAGUUUAAGGGAUUAAAAAAAAAAAUUUUUAUUUCCAGAUAAAAAAUUAAAUUAAUAAGGUGAGGCGCCCCCCCCCCCCCCUUUUCCACCCAAUUGAUGCAAUUGAACAUUUCAUCAGCUUUACAUGUCCUUGCUUUUAAAAAAUAUCAUUAGUGUUACCUUUCAAUGCAACCUAUUUUUCUAUUUCCCUCAUCCAAAAGGAUCCCUGCUAUAAUGGGCGUUGGAUCAGAAUGAUGAUCAUUUAUUUCCCUUAAAUUUUUUAGAUGAUGCUGGAAGAAAACAACAGGGUUCGCAGAAAGAUUCCAGCCGCCUUUGAGGCACUGAUGGGUCUACACUUGGCCAAGGUGGAUGAUGUCCUUGAACCUGGACUGACAAUGCUCUCAUGGACUUCCAUAAAAAUCCCAGACUUUAUAGAAAGUGUUUACCGGUAAAUGACCUCCAGUGCUGUACAUGUCUGAUAGGCCCUCAAAUGAGAAUUAAUGAAUUAAUGAUUAUAGACUUUUGAUUGUGUGAGCUGAUUGCAGGGCUGGCUUCCUGUCUUCCUCACUAACUGACUGGAGUUAAAAUGGUGAAAACAAAUUGAACAAAAACUUGUAGAAAAAACUUCAUAAACUUGCACUAGGCUUAAAAUUGUUUUCUCUCCUAAACAACAGUGCAUAUCCAUUUUUUUUCAUCCUUUUGACACCUUUUUCAUUGUUGACAAAGUUUAAAUAUGUUCAUUUAGGUUCACUCUUAGUAAUUUCAUAUAAGACUGUAAGCCUUGAUAAAUCUGUUUGAAAAAUGCUUAUGAUUAUCUUUUGGGGUGUAUGCACAAUUCCUACAUUCACUUCCUAAAAUCUUGAUAUUACUUGUAUUUAAUGCACUGCAGAGCUCUUGCUGAACUUGAACUAUUGGUGGAUCGAGCCCAUGAUGUAACUGAAUUCAGGAUUGAUGCCAUACUAAGGGAAAUGGCCUCAACCACGCUGUGUGAAUUACCCGAAGAUGAACCCUGGACUGUACCAGAUUUCCUGGAGAAUACUCAGGUAUUGUUUCAUUAGUUAUUAAUUAUUAAUUGUUUCCUUGUUUUUUUUUUCAAAGCAUUUCUUAAAUCUUUUUUUUUUUAAAUUAUCACUAAUUAAGUAAUUAAAAAAAUGUUUUAUCAGUACAAAAAAUUAAAUAAAGUUCAGUUAAACUUGGCAUGAAUUUAAAAGCUAGAAAAAUUAAUGAAACCAAAUAUAUAUUUCUUAUGCAUUCAAACUAUAUGUUUGAAUAGAAACUUUGUGCCAAGGGAGCUCAUAUUCUACAAACCAAGAGUCAGACUGUAGAGGAGGCUGCUAAUGAGUUGAUCAAUAUGCUGUGUGAUUUAGAACCCAAGGAAAGAGAGAGCAUCAUGGAUGAGGAGGAAGAAGAGGAUGCAGGAUUUGAGGAGGAGGAAGGUGGGUAUGGAAUGAAAGAACAUCCAUUCUAAGACAACAUAUUUUAGCAUACCUUAAAAGAUUUUUUUUAGUGAUGAGAAAUAUAAAUAAUAUGGUACUAAAUUUAGGGUCACAUUUGACUAAUUCUUUAAAUUUGACUGCUGUAAUCUAAGACUUAGACUUCAACACAUUUAUUCAAAGAAUUGAAUGGUAACAUAAAAAUGACAGACUCCAUUGAGUUUAAUUAACAUAAAAAUGAUAAGCUAAAUUAACAGACGUAAAUAACAUAAAUAACAGAUGAGAAAGAGAAAACCAUUGGCAGAGAUGACACCAAUGGUGGCUCAGCUGCCCACUCACGGGCAGGUAGCCGCAAGUCUCGACCAAUUUCAUCAAAACUGAACGCUGCUGCGAAAAAGAAGAAAGAAAUGAGAGAUAACAUUGAGGAGUCUGCUGGAGAAUUGCUGAACCAUUUUAACAGCAGGAACUUGGAUGCACUACUCAGAGCCACAAGGAACACACUGGAAGCUCUACGAAAACGAAUAACAUCGAGUUCCAUGGCACACUAUAUAGGUAAGGUUUAAAAAAUAUCACUGUGUAAAAUGUAACUUAAAAAUAAUGUGAUUUUAAAAGUAUGCAGUUAAAUUUUGAAAUAAAUCUUUCAUGAAUUAUUUUUUAAACCUUACAAAUAUUUACAAUGUUUUAAAUACAAUUAUAACAUUUUUCAUCUUAUUCAAAAUGAUUGAGAUCCUAUGUAUUAAUUGAAGCUCAAAGUUACCCAAAAAUUCUUUAAAAAAAAGUAUGGCUUGAAAGGCAUUCAUUGAAAUAUCCUUAAAUUAACAAUUUAGGUGAUAGUUCUUUGUACGGGGAUCAAAAACGAGAUAGCCGACCAUUCUUUCGCACAAAUGCCACCCUGGCAAUACCUCAGAUUGUGAUGCAUCCAGCACUAGAUGAGGUCCAGCAGGCACUGAACAGAGCUGUGCAGAAUGUCAUCAGUGUCAGUGGUGCUGUGGCUCAGUGGAGCAAGCAAAGAAGGAAAAUUGUUAAACCAGGUUGGGCAAUUAAAAAGUUUUAAUACUUGUUUAAUCUAGGAACAUUUUUUUCUGUAGUUAAUGCUCUACAACUUUUUUUCAUUGGUCUGAAAGGUAAAUAGAGAUUAUUUUAAACUGGCAAUUUUAGUAUAAUUUAGUAAUAAGUUUUACAAUUUAUUUCAAGAUAAGAUAUGUUCAUUUUGUUCUAAAUAAAUCAUUUAAAUUUUUUUUAAAAUAAAUUUUAUUAUAAGUAAAGACAAAUUAAAUUUCUUUUUCACAGCAUUAAAGGUAAUAAAGACAGCAUCAUUGUGUCAUUAUUUCACUUGUCAAACAUGUUAAUCUAUCAAGUUUGAAUGUUGCUUCACUUUGAAAAUAUUUUGUUGGAAUUUAAAUUUACAUAAUACAGUUCUGAAAGAAGUUGUAAUAAAAUAUUUCAAAUAAUGAAUUAAAAAAUUGGGCUUAAUGAGAAACUUUGGUCUAUGACAGAACUUAAGUUAAAGCUAAAAAGUAAAAAUCAUUUGGCUGUUAUAGAAGUGUGCUGAAAUAAAAGCUUUGGGCUAAAAUAGGGCUCUAAACAAUUAAUAUGUGCUACAAUAGGACUCUCAACAAUUUAUAUGUGCUACAAUAGGGCUCUCAACAAUUUAUAUGUGCUACAAUAGGGCUCUCAACAAUUUAUAUUUGGGCUACAAUAGGGGUAAAGGACAAAAAUCUAUGGACUCUAGGAUAACUUAAGGAGGAGUUUUUAUGAAGUAUAAACAUUUAGAAAAAUGUAUAGUUUAAUGUAUAGUUUACAGUAAUACUUUUCACUCACAUAUUACUGAGUAGUGGAUUUCACAUGAAUGUUUUUAUUUUAAUGCCAAUCACUGCUAACAAAGUACCAGACAUUAAGCAAUUACAUUUUAAUUGAUAAAUUAUUUUGUUUGUUAACAUUAAAUUUAUUCUUAAAUGAUUUUUUAAAGAUUUGUUUUCAAAAUAUGAAAUUGUUAUGAAUGAAAUUAUUCCAUACAAGUUAAUCAUACAUUUAAAAAAAAUAAUUUUCUAUGCCGGUAAAUCUAUUUUAUAAAUUACUUCUUAUUGGAGCAUAAAAAGAGUCCAUUAGUACUUGAUUGAAGAUGUAAAAAUUUUAAUUGAGAUAUAACAAACAUUUGAAACAUUUUUUCCACUGCAUCUUAUCUCCUAGCACCAGGUGAUCAGACUCAGUUGGGUGAAGGAAUGGAUCGUCGCGGCAGUAUGGCUAGUUUAGCCCCGUCAGAGGUCUCUCACGUGGACAGUCAUGGCAAGAAAGAUGGAGUGGAGUCAGUAAAAAACUAUGCCAUCACAGUCAAGUCCAACAACUAUCUCAAAGCUGUUGCAGAUAACAAAGAGAUAGCCAAGCUGACCUCACUCUUGUCAACAAGUAUCAAUUCAAAUAAAAAGGUAAAAUUUUAUUAGAGAACUUUUCUUUAGUCAAUAAAGCAUUAAAAUUAAUGGUUUGAGCAUUGGUCAAGAUCCUAAAAGCUGCACCAUUUUAACAUUCCAAACUGUUGUAUUUUUAAUAACAAAGCUUGCUAUGGUUGAUUAAAAUGAUAUAAUCGCCACCUCAUAACAGGAAGUCACAACAGCAUUAGAUCAGUUUGCCGACUACCACAAGAUAUGGGAGAAAGAUAGAGAUGUGGCCCUGGAAGAGUUCAUGAAGGAAGAUCCCAAACUGUCUGAGUUUGAGGCUGCUAUACGGGGCUUCGAGCAGCAGGAGUUGGCGAUUCAAAGUUUACCAGAGUACUACGAUGCAGGUCCCAUUGCCUUGUACACAGGUAAGAUCUUCUUCAUUUCAAGUUUUGUUCUUCAGCUAACCAAAAAAUAACAUUUGGCAUUUAAGGUUCAUUGGAUCAACAGAAGCAACCCAUACUAUGGAAUACAAUCCUGGUUGAAAUGUAAGACUUUUAUUAAUAUUUUUGUGCAGUUUUAGUGUUUCUAAAGUAUUAUACUACUAACCAGCUGAAUUCAAAUUUUUUUUUUUUCAGAGCAUCUGAAGAUCGGUCUAACAAAUGAAACAAAAGCAUGGAGAGUGAUUUAUGGGAAAUACUGUAACCAGAAAUACAAGGCUGAAAUGGAUGAAAUCUUCAGCUUCAUUGAGGACUUGGGCAAACGUCUUGCUCGACCAAUCAAAGACCUUGAUGACAUUAGAUUUGCCAUGGCUGCACUCAAAGACAUAAGAGAGAAUGAGAUCAGGAUAGACAUGUGCAUAGGUCCUAUUGAAGUAAGGGAUUUUGCUGAUUUGUGAAUCAAUAAAAUAGAAUAGGUCUUCACAGGACAUGCACUUUAUCUUUUCUGAGCAAGGAACACAUUAAGAAGAUACAAUUUUCCUGGAAUGUAAAUGUUUCACUAUCAUUCAUUAUCCAUUUCAGUUUUGAAAGCCUUCAUAAUCCUGCUAUUAUUAGCCACUCUGAAUCCCAACACUUGAUUUAUUCUGUUGUUGUCUCCUCACCAGGAAUCAUACGCCAUGUUGAACAGACAUGAGUUAAAACCAGAGAAGGAAGAGGCUGAGAAAUGCGACACACUUCGCUACGCCUGGGAGAGGCUGCAAGCCCAGGCAGUGGAGGUCCAGGAUCACCUGAUCAAGAUACAGCCAGGAUUCAAGCAAGAACUCAUUGAGCAUGUCAAGAUCUUCAAAGUGGACUGUGAUGACUUCUAUGCCAGCUAUGAUGAGGUUUGUCAUUCUUGGUGUUUCCCUUGAUUACUUCAAACUUCCCAUGGGCAAGGUACAUAUUUUGGUUUGGGGGGAUAAAAACAUUGUUAUGUCUAUCUAUUAGGUUUGCUACAGAGCUAAAAUUUGUUGUGCAACUUAUUUUAAAUAGGGAUUUCAUUCUAUUAAUGUUAGGUGGGUACUUGAUUUAAAAAAUGUUUUUGAGAAUAUUUAACAAUAAUUUAGCCCCAUGUUCAGAAAAUAAUCCCCCAGUUUUCAUCUUUAUUUACAGAAAGUUUAUACUUUAAAAUGCUUUUAAAAAAUAAAAAUAAAUUUUGUUCUUAUUGUCUUUUGAAAAUUUUGAAAUUUUAAGAGUCAUUGAUUAAUUCACAUGCUUAACAAUAUACUUAUGCAAGAAUAUAUUUAUAAAUGUAUUGCAUUAAAGAUUUUGAAUUUAAACAACUUUCAGAAAGGACCCAUGGUGGCAGGCGUUCCACCCAGAGAAGCUUCUGACAGACUGAUCAUUUAUCAGAACACAUUUGACACACUGCACAGGAAGUACAUCACCUACACGGGGGGAGAGGAACUUUUUGGCCUUUCGGUGGGUUGACUUCUUCUGUCAAAAUCAAUAGAUAUUCUCUUUAGCUUCAUUAUGAUACCCAUGCCGAGCUUUGGAUUAAAAAAAUUUAAAAGGUGAUAUCCUGCAUAAAAACAGUGUUUAAGUACUUAUCACUAUUGCAUUUCUCCUUCACCUGCCCAGUCAACUUAUCACUAAUGCAUUUCUCCUUCACCUGCCCAGUCAUCUUAUCACUAAUGCAUUUCUCCUUCACCUGCCCAGCCAUCUUAUCACUAAUGCAUUUCUUCUUCACCUGCCCAGCCAUCAGAUUAUCCGAAGCUCCUGCAGAUCAAGAAGGAGCUGAACCUCUUACAGAAGCUGUAUGGCCUGUACAACAGUGUCAUUGACACUGUCCAUGGCUACUAUGACAUCUUAUGGCAGGAUGUCAAUAUUGACAAAAUCAACAAUGAGCUACAAGACUUCCAGAACAGGUCAGAUGAGAAAACUGUUUUAUCCUAGGCCAUCGGUAGAUUUAAGAGGAUCCCAUGUUAUUAGGCUUCCAGGCAGAUAAUAAAAUAUAAAAUUAUAUGCUCAAGAAAGAAUAUAUUGCAUGAUGGUAACCUAAGUGUGAAAAGAAAAUCCCUUCCGUGAUAUUAAGUUCAUGGAUAUUUCUCAUACAACUGUCCCCAUCUACAAAUGACUUAUGUCCCAUCAAACAGUGGGUUGUUAUCAAAAAGUAGAUUUUGUCCAUCACAAAAUGGGUAGUGCCCAUCUCAAAGUUGGCUAUCUCCCAUCUCAAAGUGGUUCUUCUUCUUCUUAUAUUUGAGGGGCCCACGAUCAAUUUGUUGAUCAUUCUGGCUCCUGGUUUAGAUUCAGAGUUUGCCUUCUCUUAGAUGGGUUGCCGUCCAAGGCUAACUAGCCCCAUCCACCCGGGGUGCUUGGGGCUAACUAGCCCCAACUACCCGGGGUGCUUGGUUUAUGUCCAUCUUAAAGUGGGCUAUGUCCCAAUUAAAGUGGGUUCUGUUCUAUCAAAGCAAGAUGAAUCCCAUCUCAAAGUGGGUUGAUUCCCAUCAAAAGUGGAUAAGCUGUUGGGUUUAGCACUUAGCCAGGCAGAUAAUUAUAACAAAAUAAAUUGUUUGGACAUUUUGGUUCACAGAAAAAAUUUUGGUUUAUUUUUUCAUCAGAUGCCGCAAACUUCCCCGUGCCUUGAAAGACUGGCCAGCAUUUGAAGACCUGAAGAAGACAAUUGAUGACUUUAAUGAGAUGGUGCCACUUCUGGAGCUCAUGUCCAACAAGGCAAUGAAACAACGGCAUUGGCAGCGCAUGUCAGAUGUCACAGGACACCAUUUUGAUAUUGAUGGUGAGAACUUCACCCUCCGCAACAUUUUAGAGGCCCCCUUGCUGAAAUAUAAGGAAGAAAUUGAAGUAAGUUGGGGGAUAUUACAAAAUUUUUACAUAUGGUUAUGAGAGUUCCAUUUUUAAUAAUUGUGAAUAAUUGAUUUUUUUUUUUAAAUAGUUUGUUUCACCCAUCAAACAUUAGUUAUGAAAAUGACUUGUACGAUACAUAAUAAACAUCAUACAUAUAUUUUAACAAUAUUAUUUUAAAUAGAAUCAUUUACAUGUGCCUUUUUAAAAAAAUAAAUAAUGAGCCAUUAUGAUUUAAUAAUUUGCCUACUCUUAUAUUUGUGGAGCCAAAGCAAUUCUCAGUUUUCAUUAAAUUUAGACUUGUUAUUUUGUCAAGAUUUUUUCUGUUUGAGAUUUCAAUUUAAGAAAAAAGCAAUGUCUGAUUCAAACAUCAAAGUGAGAUACAUUCCUAUCACCUAGAAUAAUUAAAUAAAAAAAUUUGUAACUUAUAUAAGACAAAGAAAGACAUUUAAUAGGGUUCACUCUAAAAAAAUGUAUUCAUUGAUUCCCUUGACCGUAAUCUGUUUCCCUCUAGGACAUAUGUAUCAGUGCGGUUAAGGAAAAGGAUAUUGAAGCGAAGCUGAAGCAGGUUGUCACUGACUGGGGAACCCAAGAGUUCACAUUUGGCAACUUCAAAAACAGAGGAGAGCUUCUGCUUCGUGGUGACACAACCAGCGAGAUCGUGUCCCUUAUGGAAGAUUCCUUGAUGGUCCUUAGCUCACUUCUUAGCAAUCGGUGAGAUGCUGUCUUUAACAAUAGAAAGAGAAAUUAAAAACAUCAAUAAAAAUCAAAGAUCAGACUCUGAAUUGUCAGACAAAAUCAAUGAUCAUAAAUAUUCUAUUAACAAUAUGUUUUGUCCAAGGAGCAACACUUUAAUAAAAAAAAGUGUAUUCAAUAUUUAUCAAGCAAAACUAAACCAUAAAAUAUUGAUAGAUGUUAUGAACUACAGUUGAGUAUGAUAUAGCGCUUUAAUAUCUUAAAUGAUGACAGUCAUCGCUUGUCAGUUUAUGUAGAUUUCUAGAACUAAAUUUUGCUUAAAUUAUUACACAUUUCUCAUAAUUUAUCUUUUAAAGUUGGAAAAGAGAAGCUUUAUUUGUCAGAAUGCUUAAGCUUUUUACACAAUUUUCAUGUUAACUUCAUGUGGUCCAAUUUUUUUUAAUCCAUCUUGAUUUCUUUAAAAAAGAAUUCCACUGUUUAUAUCUCUGGCCAUCUCUUGUCAUCAGAUACAAUGCUCCCUUCAAGAAAAACAUCCAGACAUGGGUGGCCAACUUGACCAACUCCUCAGAGAUCAUUGAGAAUUGGAUGACUGUACAGAACCUCUGGGUCUACCUGGAGGCUGUCUUUGUUGGUGGUGACAUAGCCAAACAACUGCCCAAGGUAAUUCAUUGUGAAGAGUGGUGUUAACGAUUUGUUGCUCUAGUCUUCAAUAAAAUAUUUAUUUUAACAUUUGCUAUGCACUUAUCUUGCCUACAAUGUGAACAAGUAAAUACAAAAAAUAUAUAUAUUAGAUCAAGCAUUUUUUAAUUGAUCCAGCUUGUCCAACUUACAAUUGAUAGAAUAAAAGUUUUUUGUUAUUUGAAAAUAAAUUAAAACACAGAAUAUAGCAAAGAGAUAACCAAAGAAAUUGUUUAGGGGUACCACGCUAUAUAAAACCACUAAUAAAAAUAAUAUUGCAAGCUGUUUUUUUUUCCUCUAUUAGGAAGCCAAGCGUUUCAGCAACAUUGACAAGUCAUGGGUGAAGAUAAUGACUAAAGCCCAUGAGACACCAAACGUUGUACAGUGUUGUGUUGGGGACGAGACUCUGAUGCAGCUUCUCCCCCACCUCCUGGAACAGCUGGAGCUUUGCCAGAAAUCUCUCACUGGGUCAGUCAUAUUGGUUUUUUAAAUUUUCUUUCGCAGAUGUAGGACAAUUUCGCAAUUCUAAUGAUGCCUUGCUCGAUGGCCUAUACAUUUUUUUUAUUAUAUAUAUAAUGGGUUUAGAAAGCAAGCAUAUAUUAUUACAGAAUGUAAUAUGCUUAAAUAUGUGGUGAGCAGUAAACAAAAGUAAACAAUCCUGAAUUUCAAUCUCUAUUUGUCUGUGUUUUGCUAACCCAAAUGCACCUAUGUGUGAAUCAGGACUAAAAGAGUUCUUGUCUUACAGUUAUCUGGAGAAGAAACGAUUGAGCUUCCCAAGGUUUUUCUUUGUCUCUGACCCCGCCCUCCUUGAAAUUCUGGGUCAGGCCAGUGAUCCUCACACCAUUCAAGCUCAUCUGCUGUCUGUGUUUGAUAACACAAAGAAUGUGAAAUUCCAUGAGAAGAUCUAUGACCAGAUUUUAUCUAUCAUCUCAUCUGAAGGGGAGGUCAUUGAGGUGAAAAUUCUUUAAAAUGGUUUCAUUUACAUCAGUUAUAUUAAAAUAGCACAUGGAAUACAGUUUGAAAUAAUUUCAUUAACGCUUGAUAUUUAUUGGCCUAUUUGUUUAAAUUAUUAAAACUAUUUACUUAUUAUGCAGUUCACAAAAGUAAUUCAGUAGUUUUAUAGGUGCGCUGUCUUUUAAAAUUCUUAACAGUUUAUAUAAAUAUUGACAACCCAUUUUAUAUGAAUGCUGACAACUGACAACUGACAACAUUCAAACAAUAAAUAAUGGGAUAACUGCCCUCUUUUUGCAGCUGGAGAAACCGGUGAAAGCUGAAGGAAAUGUUGAGGUGUGGCUCAUGAGCUUGAUGACCAUGUCCCAGAAGUCCCUGCAUGCUGUUAUCAGAACAGCGGCCAUGACCAUCCAGGACCAGAGCUUCCAACUCUUAGAGUUUCUCAACACAUUCCCUGCUCAGGUAGCCAUCUCUUUAGCUUAGCUACACCAAAAUAUUUCUCAGGUAGCCAUCUCUUUGACUAAGCUACACUGAAAUAUUUCUCAGGUAGCCAUCUCUUUAACUUAGCUACACUGAAAUAUUUUGUCAUUUUUAUUUUUUUAAAUAUUUUUUUUAUUGAUGGAACUGCUCUGCAAUUUAAAAGGAGAAAAAUGUUCUAAAGAGUUACAUAUUUCAUUUAAUCAGAGCUAAAUUUGUGUAAUUUGUUUUCAUUUUUUGACAUUCUUGAAUUUAGAUAAAAAGAAAAAUUACCUAAUUAAAAUUUCUGUCUUGCAUUACCAGGUUGGCUUGCUUGGUAUCCAGAUGAUUUGGACCAGAGAUGCCACUGAGGCACUGACCAAUGCAAAGUACGACCGCAAAAUCAUGAGUACCACCAACGAUUCUUUCCUGAAGUUGUUGAACUCACUGAUUGACCAGACCACCACGGACUUGUCCAAGGUAGAGAGGACCAAGUAUGAGACCCUCAUCACCAUCCAUGUCCACCAGAGGGACAUCUUUGAAGACUUGGUGAGUUUUAUUGCUGUACUAGGUUAUUGAUAAAUCACAGCUGGUAAGUAAUGAAUUGAUGAAGCAGGUUAGGGAUGUGUUAUGGCUGGUACAUAAUGAAGUGUUUUAGCCCACUAGAAAAAAAACUAUUUUUAGUUGUAUUUUAUUUUUAACAAAGACCAAGAAUUAUUGGCUAUGAGAGAAGGAACAGAUUUAAAUGCAGAAAAAAAUUUAUAAUUUGCAAAAAAUAACUUUGUUUUAAUUCUUUGUUUAAAAGGUAAAAAAAAUUCUGUUUAAAAUUAAAAAAAAAUGUUUCUAAUCUGAACGGCGGUCAUUUCAGAUUAUGAUAAAAUUAAACAAUAAUUGAUGAAAUCAUUUUUUAGAAAUGUAAUUGGUUUUCAAUCCAUCGAAAUUUUAAUAUUUUAAAUACAACAGAUUAACUGAAGAUAGGAACUGAAGUAGAUUCAGGACACAGAAAAUGUGUGUGGAAAAAAAGUGUAGUUAAGCAUUAAUUAAAUAGACCACAAAAAAAAAAAAAAUUUAAAAAUUUUCUGCUACAUGUCUCUCUAUUGACUAGAAAACAAACUUAAAGAAAAAAAAUGUCUAUAAUUUAUAUAUGGUUUAAUUUAAAUUCAUGAAAUUUUUGUACAACUGAUGAAAGUUUAUAUCUUUAAUCUAAAAAUAGCAGACCUAAUUAGAAUUGCGUUUGUAUGCUAUUUAAUAAUGGGGCAAGUUAGAUUUGGUGAUGAUGGUAAUGGGAGGUAAUGUGUUAAAAUUACUUUUAUAUUAUUAUUUUUAUUGCUGCUAAAUUUUACCAAAACUUUCUAUUCUUUGUUUAAAAGUUAAAAAAAAAAAUUAGUUCUCAAAUAAAUGACUUUAAAAAACAAACAAACGAUGGUUGGCUUGAAAACAAGAUAUAUAUGGCAUCCUUCCCUCUUCGCCAGAUGAUGGGAAGCUAUUUACACUUAAUCAAAUGGCUUUGCAAGAUAAACUUAAACUAAUCCAUUACAUCCUUCACCUUACAGUUCUGUACUUGAGAUAGUUUUCAGAUUUUUGAAACUAAAACAGGGGAUUCAGAAUGCCCUCAAUCUACAAAUGACAAUAAAACAUGUCUGCUUCUGUUUUCAAGAAUUCAAAUUUACAGUAAAAAACAUUGAAUGCAAAAGCACAAAAAGUUAUUUUUCUCUGACUUUGUCUCUUCAGUACAGAAUGCACAUCAAGUCGCCAACAGACUUUGAAUGGCUGAAACAGUCCAGAUUUUACUUUGUGGAAGACCAAGACAAGUGUUUGAUCUCCAUCACUGAUGUGGACUUUACCUAUCAGAAUGAGUUCCUGGGCUGUACAGAGAGAUUGGUCAUCACACCUCUCACCGACAGGUUAGGAGAGACUUUAAUGAUAACUGAUUUGGGACUAAGGACCUGGCAGCAAGAGUAAAUCUGGGUGUCUUUAAGCCCUUUGGCCACUGGCAGUAAGAGUAAGUGUGGAUUUCUUUAAGCCCUUUGGCCACUGGCAGUAAGAGUAAGUGUGGAUUUCUUUAAGCCCUUUGGCCACUGGCAGUAAGAGUAAAUGUGGAUUUCUUUAAGCCCUUUGGCCACUGGCAGUAAGAGUAAGUGUGGAUUUCUUUAAGCCCUUUGGCUAUGGGGAAGUUUAUUUCUGAAAGACAUUUUUUUAACCUCUUUCGUCAUGUGUUUGAUCAUUGCAGAUGUUACAUCACCCUUGCCCAGGCCUUGGGUAUGUCCAUGGGAGGAGCACCCGCUGGUCCUGCUGGGACAGGCAAAACUGAGACGGUCAAGGACAUGGGCCGUUGUCUGGGGAAAUAUGUUGUUGUCUUCAACUGCUCUGAUCAGAUGGACUUCAGGGGUUUGGGAAGAAUUUUCAAAGGUAAUUUUCGUGUUAUAGUUCUUUGCUAGAUGGAAGAUAAAAACCGCUGUUAUUGAAUGUAGGGAGCUGUCUUUGAUGUCUGUCAAUGAACGCACUCUUACCUAUUGCUGCAAACAAGGAGAUUAUUAAAAUUGCACUUAUAAUAAUUUUAAAGAUGCCCCCCCCCCCAACCUUCUUUUGUUUUUCUCUUCUGUUUUACAAAUAAGUGUAAAUCAAAUAAUUUAAAAUCUUUGUGGAUUCAUUGAGCUCAACCGGUUGCAAUGGAGUCAUAUAGGGGUCAGCAUAGACUAGAUUGUAUAUUGAUUGAAAAUGAUUUCUUAAAAUGACAUAUUUUGAAAUAAAUAAAAAAAAAACUCUUUGUUUAAUCUUUGAGGUUGCAGUGUUAUUAUUUGAUUUGUUUGCUAAUUAUAGCACUAUUUCUAUUCUUGUCUACAUUUGUUUAACUUGCAGGGUUGGCCCAAUCUGGAUCAUGGGGCUGUUUUGAUGAGUUCAACCGCAUUGACCUGCCUGUCUUGUCCGUGGCUGCCCAACAAAUCGCUAUUGUGCUGGCCUGUAAAAAAGAGAGAAAGAAGAACUUCAUCUUUACAGAUGGUGACAAUGUCGACAUGAACACAGAGUUUGGCAUUUUCCUCACCAUGGUCAGUUCUAUCACUGAAAAUUGUGUUGUUGUCACCAUGGCCAGUUCUAUUAUUUUCCUCAUCAUGGCCCUUUUAGAAAUUCUUCCUUUUUAAAAAUUGUGGCAUUUUUCAACAUUUAUGUCAACAUCUAAAAAAUAAAACAUAUGUGUGUAAUAUAAAAAUAAAUGAUUCCUAUUUGCUAUAAAAAUAAAUCUUUUAUAUGUACUAUAAAAAUAAAUCAUUUAUAUGUAGGGCCCUACAAUAAAAAUAAAGCAUAUAUGUACUAUGAAAAUAAAACAUAUAUGUGUAAUAUAAAAAUAAAUCAUUUAUAUGUGCUAUAAAAUAAAUCAUGUAUAUGUACUAUAAAAAUAAAUCAUUUAUAUUUACUAUAAAAAUAAAUCAUUUCUAUGUAGGUAUAAAAAUAAAUCAUUUACAUGUAUUGUCAAAAUAAAGCAUAUACGUACUAUGAAAAUUAAACAUAUAUGUACUAUUAAAAUAAAACAUAUAUGUUACCAUAAAAAUAAAACAUUUUAUGUACCAUAAAAAUAAAACACAUAUGUACUAUAAAAAUAAAACAUAUAUGUACUAUUGGGCAUCACUGAGAAAUAACAAGGGAGUCCUAGGAAGUAGCGGCUGAUUUGUAUAUAAUUGACAUUUUAACUUUUUUUCUUAUGAACAGAAUCCUGGCUAUGCUGGACGUCAGGAACUACCAGAAAAUUUGAAGAUUAACUUCCGAACAGUGGCCAUGAUGGUCCCUGAUAGACAGAUCAUCAUUCGUGUCAAACUGGCUGCUGUUGGUUUCAUUGACAACAUUGUGCUGGCCAGGAAGUUUUUCACCCUGUACAAAUUGUGCGAGGAGCAGCUUACCAAGCAGGUGCAGACAUGAUUUUGUUCAUAAACCUUUAGCUACAUUAAAACAAAUGCAUUUUGUUAUUGCAGUUGCUUUUAGAUCUCUCUUUAUUCCUGGAACAGCUUAUUAGCACUCAUAUUUAUUUCUCUAUACCUUUGUUAUUUUAUCAUGGUUCAUAAACCUUUAGACCAUUAUAACUCAGUCUAAAUUUUCUCUUGGUAAAGGUCCAUUAUGACUUUGGUCUUCGUAACAUCCUGUCUGUGCUGAGAACUCUGGGAGCUUUCAAACGCCUGAACCCUACAGAAACAGAGCAAACGGUUGUCAUGAGAGUAUUGCGUGACAUGAACUUGAGUAAACUUGUAGACCAGGAUGAGCCAUUGUUCGUCUCCCUUAUUGGUGAUCUCUUCCCAGGUUGGCUAACACUAAGGUCUUCUUGUCACUUUAGGAUUAAAUUUGUUCUAAAAGAAUCUGCUUCAUCAUCUUAUCUCACAGCUAAAGUCACACUAUUUAAUCCAUGGUUUUUUAAUAUAGGAUAAAUGUUUGAGAACUAUAGGGUACUUUCAAGAAAGUAAGAUAAUAUUUCUUAAAUAUAAGAUAAUAUUCCUUAAGUAUAGGAUAAUACUCCUAAAAUAUAAGAUGAUAUUCCUGAAAUAUAAGAUAAUAUUCCUGAAAUAUAGGAUAAGUGUUAAACAACAGUGGAUAAAUAACUUCAGAUCUAAACCAGAAUAGAUCAAUGAGAACUUAUUUUUUUUUAAAAUCAACUUUUUGUCAGGUAUCACUUUGGACAAGGCUGGCUACCCAGAGCUUGAGGCAGCAAUAGCCAAGAAUGUUGAUGAGGCCAAACUGAUCAACCACCCUGAGUGGAUCAUCAAACUUGUACAGGUUGGUGGAAUUUUUGAAACAAUAUUUUUUUAGGGUAUUUUUUUUAUUGGGAUAUGCCUGUUAAGUUUCAUGGACUGUUUUCUACUAGAUAAAAAAAAAAAAGGAAUUUUAAAAACCAAUUUAGAUUCAUGUUCCCAUAUUUUUUGCACAAGAGUUAUUGUUUCUCUAAAAAUGUAAGAUUUCUUCAUUUUGUGGAGAGUGGUAGAGGAUUACAUACUCUAUUACAAUUUUUUUUACUUACUGACAAAAAAUAUCUUUCAAAUUAAAAGCUUGUACAUUUCAGUAGCAGUCUGACAUUGUUAUGCAUGAUUAUCUAACUAGGCCUGUUGUAGAUUUUAUGACUCUAAAAGUCACUCUGACCUAAAUAGUCUCUGCUGACCUAAAUAGCAUCUACUGACCUAAAUAGCAUCUACUGACUCUUUUAUCAGUUGUUUGAGACCCAGCGUGUCCGCCACGGCAUGAUGGCUCUUGGCCCCAGUGGGGCCGGCAAGACCUGCUGCAUUCACAUGUUAAUGAAGGCCAUGACAGAUUGUGGAGAGCCACACAAGGAGUGGAGGAUGAAUCCCAAGGCCAUCACAGCCCCUCAGAUGUUUGGCCGAUUGGAUGUCGCCACCAAUGAUUGGACUGAUGGCAUAUUUUCCACCCUUUGGAGAAGAACAACCAGAGUCAAGAAAGGUAAGAUUUCCUAUUUAAGGAUUUUAUGUUUGGUGCAAAAUUCUCAAAAUAAACCUGGUGAUUUUCUAAAUAAUGUUUCUUCACUUUUGUAUGCUGCUGCUGAUAUGUUCAUAAUUCAAUUAUUGAAAUGUUUAAAAAAAAUGUGUGUUCAUUUCAAACAUUUAAUAUAAGUAGGGCUAUGAAAUAAUUUUAAUAAUGUUUGCUCAUUCAAAGUAAAAUUAAUACUAGACAGAGGACAUUAAUAAAUUGUUUAAUUCUAGAUGUCCAAAAAAAAACCCAGCCCAUAAACAAUAGUAAAUCAUAAAAUGUUUUGAAAGCUCCUACAAAUUGUGUAAAACUUGACAAUUAACUUAUCAGACUCACUGAGUUUUUAAAAUUUAAUAAUAAUUCUUCCUUAUUUGGAGCUUAGAUAGACAGUAGAGUAUUGUGGAAGAAGUUCACAAGAAACCUUUCUGUUUUAUUUUCUCAUAGGAGAGCACAUUUGGCUUGUGCUGGACGGACCUGUGGAUGCCAUUUGGAUUGAGAAUCUCAACUCGGUCCUAGACGACAACAAGACCCUAACCUUGGCCAACGGAGAUCGCAUACCAAUGGCCCCCAACUGCAAGAUUAUCUUUGAGCCUCACAACAUUGACAACGCCUCACCGGCCACUGUCUCCCGUAACGGGAUGGUCUACAUGAGCAGUUCUGGUUUAGGAUGGAGUCCAAUUUUGAGAGUUAGCCCCUUCAGUUUUCUAUCAGUAGCCUAAUUUUGUUUGCAUGAGAAUUAGAUAGUUUAAAUUAAUUUGUCAAGUCAUGUAAUUUAACAAAAUUUUUUUUAGCGUUUGAUUUUAAUUAGUAUUAAUAUUGUCAAAUGUUAUUUUCUUUAAAAAUAAAUAUACUGAAGCUAAGUAGUCACAAUUGAUAUUUAAUAAUACAAUUUUGGUUGAAUUAAAAAAACACAGCGGUCAUCACAUAAAAUUAAAUUAGUUUUAAGAAAAAUCUACAUUUUUAAAAAAAAUGAGUUCAGAGUUGAAUAUAACCGAUAAAUGGGUCUCUUCAUCAUCUAGGGUUGGCUCAACCACCGGCCAAGCCACGAAAAAGACAUCCUUAUUAACCUGUUUGAGAACUCCUUCACAGCAUUGUGGAACUUUACGCUACAGAAUCUUGAGUUCAAAAUGGAGAUUCUAGAAGCUUUUGUCAUUUCUCAGGUAGAGUACCUGAUUAUGUCAUUAAAAUCGGAUAAAAUGACAUUAUUUUAUGCCAAAUUGUCCAGAUUUAAUUUUUCCUCUAUGGUAUUAAUUAUUUUGAUUUUAAACAAGAUCCAUUUAUUGUUUGUUGACCUUGUUCAAUUAAAAAAAUUUCUUGGUCUAUUCUCCAACACAAAACACACAAAAAAAUGACUGUGUCAUUUAACCAGGCUUGCAAACUAAUGACUGGACUGAUACCCAUGAAAGAUGAGAAGGAUGGGUCAGGACAGCUGGCCAGAGAUGUGUAUGAGCGCAUCUAUAUCUUUACCCUCAUGUGGAGCAUUGGCGCUUUCCUGGAGCUGGAUGGCAGAGCCAAAAUGGAAGAAUUCCUGCGCAAGCAUGAGACCAUCAAGCUUGACCUUCCCAAGAUCCCUGACAGCCUUGAUGCCACCAUGUUUGACUUCAUGGUUGAUGUUGAUGGUAAAGCUAUAAUCUCUUUGUCUAAUACUUUUGAUUUAUUACUUAUCAAUAAUAGUACAUUUAUAAAUAAAAAAUAUAUUCAUUAUUGGAAUUUUAUUUAUUAAUUUUUAUAUUUUGCCAUUCAACUUUGCAAAAAUGUCAAUCCAAAAUUUUAAAGAUACAUUUAUAUAAUUGUGUGCACAAAAUCAUUUUCUACUAUACUGUUGUUUUUUUUUUACACAUUAUAAUUGAGUAAAUAUAUGGAAUUAAAUAACACAAAUCUCAUUGCUCUUUCAUAUGUGCAAACUGUUACUCUCAUUUUCUUAAACAAAAAAUAUAACCUGAGAAAAAGGGUUGUAGAAGUUUAUUGAUCAAAAUAUUAUUUUUCCUGCCCAACCCCCCCCCCCCCCCCCCCCCCCAUUUCAUUCUAACAUUCAUUGUUCCAGGCAAAUGGGUUUACUGGGGUGAGAAGGUGACCAACUAUGUGUACCCAACUGACCAUGAGCCUGAAUACACCAGCAUUCUCGUGCCCAAUGUGGACAAUGUGCGUACAGAGUACCUUAUCAACCUGAUAGCCAAACAGAACAAAGCUGUUCUCCUGAUUGGUGAGCAAGGCACAGCAAAAACAGUAAUGAUCAACAACUACAUGGGACAGUACAAUCCUGAGUACCACAUUGGUCAGUCUGUCAAUUUCUCCUCAGCCACCACACCUUUGAUGUUUCAGGUAGGCAUGGAAAUAGUUAAUAUGAGUAAAUUGGAUGUUUUGGGAUAACAUGUCAGUUAAUGACUUUAAAAAAGCUAUUCUAAAUAUUAAUGAAAAAAAAGAAGAAGAAAAUAAUGAACAAAUUUUGUUAUUAGUUUUGAAAUUCUUCUUUGAUUAGUUCCCCUUAUGUGCUGUCAGAUAGGAGUGAAUGUUGAAGGUUUUGCUUGUUAAUUUCUUGGUACUUUUAGAGAACCAUUGAAAGCUAUGUGGACAAGAGAGUGGGUACCACAUUUGGACCUCCUGCAGGCAAGAAGGCCACAGUGUUCAUUGAUGACAUCAACAUGCCAGUGAUCAAUGAAUGGGGAGACCAGAUAGCCAAUGAGAUUGUUCGCCAGCUCAUGGAGAACCAUGGAUUCUACAACCUGGAAAAACCUGGAGACUUCACUACCAUUGUGGAUAUGCAGGUGGAGCUUGUCAGAUUUAGAACUUUGAAUUUAACCUUCAUUUUAUCUUGUUACAUAUCAUCAUUAUAAAAAAAUAAACCUGUCUAGUGAACAAUCCAACUCAGUUAAAUUAACUCUGUGUUUUAAAAAAAUAGUUUAUUAAUAGAAUUUGUUCAAGUUAAAAUGGUUAAAUUCAAAUAUCUCUACACAUCAUCAUUAUAAAACAUAAAAUUCAUUUUAGAAAUUGGAUACAAAUUAUACUUUUUAUUGUGGUCAAAAUUGUAAUGAGCAGGUAUGGUAAUUUUUACAUACAUCCUGGUUUAGUCAAUACUGUGUACUUCUUGACCUCUAGAUACUGUUUCUGUUGGCUGAACCAUCUUUACAAAAAAAAAUUCUGCUAUGAAGCAGCAAUUCUUAAUUUUUUAAAUACAUUUUUUUUCUCAGUUCCUUGCUGCUAUGAUUCAGCCAGGAGGUGGUCGCAAUGACAUACCACAACGUUUGAAGCGCCAGUUUGCCAUUUUCAACUGCACCCUUCCUUCCAAUCCAUCUAUUGACAAAAUCUUCACUGUGAUUGGUUUAGGACACUUUUGCAAGGAGAGAGGUUUCAAAGAUGAUGUUAUUGCCAUGGUGAAAAACCUGGUUCCAAUUACUAGAAGGCUAUGGCAACUCACCAAGGUAUUGUAUUGAGGGUUAAUAAUUGAUGCAAAAUUAAAGAAUAAUUUUUUGUCUAUGAGCUUAAAGUAAUCAUCCAAAUCAUUAUUUUUCUUUUUACAAUGGUUACUUAUUUUCAAACAUAAUUUUUUUUAUUUCCAGUUAAUUGCUAGAAAUGUUUUAAGUAUGUGCAAAUAACCUUUAAUAAAGAAUCUUUUGGAUUGUAUAGUUAUUAUAACAUAAUUCACUAUGAAAGCUGAAAAAGCAUGAACAGUCUUGGUGUCGAAAUUUUAUUUAUUGAUUACCGUGAAAUAUAAACAGAAUCUUCAUUUUCAAUCAAUACCAAAGGCUUAGAUCAAAUCCAGACACCUCGACAUAUAUUCAACUUCAUAUUUAAAUUAAGCAGUGGAAAAAAUAUAACUUUUGAUUUAUUUAAAUUUAUUUCAGAUCAAAAUGUUGCCAACACCAGCCAAAUUCCACUACAUCUUUAACCUGAGAGAUUUAUCGCGCAUCUGGCAAGGCAUGCUGAACACCCUGAGUUCAGUCAUCACAGAUGUGAAGAUCCUAAUGGGCCUGUGGAAACAUGAGUGUUGUCGUGUCAUUGCUGACAGGUGAUGGGGGAGGGAAAAAUGUAGAAAUUAUUGAAAAGUCACAAGUUUAGUGGUGUAAUUACUCAUUUGAAGAAUUUUUAUUUUAUUGUAAUAAGCAUCAUUUAAAAAAAAUAUUUUUAAAAUAAUAAGUAAUCUACUUUCAAAUUAGUUUUAUGAAUUAAAAAACACAACAAAAUAAUUUUGUCAUUGUAAACUUUCACUUUUCAGUAUGUUAAUUAUGUGAUCCUGAAUGAAAAGUGCAUUGAACUUAAAUGUUUUCAUUGAUAAAUGAUUUAAAGCUCAUUUGGAUUUAUAUCAAUGGUUCUCACUAUCUGGGACAUUACUUAACCAGAUCAUUAAUUAUUCCUAAGAUUAAUGUAAGAUUUCUAGCCAAAAUCAAUAAAAUAUUUUACUUUAAAGGAUUUGAAGCACAUAAAAAGUAUGCAUCAUCAUAAGAAAAGUACAACUUACUUUUUUCUUAACGCAUGGGGUUAUAUUUUAAUUGAGAACCAGUGAUGCUAUUUGCAGGUAUGCCUUUUACUUGCCACCUGUUUCAUGUAUUAUUUAAUGUCCUAUCUGGCCAUACACAACUACAGGUUUACUAGUGUUGAAGACACCAACUGGUUCACUAAGACAAUGUCAAGGGUCAUCAAUGAGGAGUGUGGUGAAGCCAUUGCCACUCACCUUGACAGAAAUGAUGUUUUUGUUGACUUUUUGAGGUAGUUUUCAGGAGAUGAACCAACCAGGCCUGCACCUGUUGUUAUGUGUGGCACAUUUUUUGGCUUUUAACCUUUGCCUUGUGUGCUGUUGUUUUUUCCUCAAAUUCUGGGAAAAUAAUAAAAAUGAAAUUGUAAUUGUUCCAACAAAGAAACACAGGCCUAAACACUUUUGAUUUUUGUGUUUUUUUAAGGAGUCAUUUUAAGCUACUACAGUUUACAAUUAUCAUUUUCCCAGAAAAAAUCUUCACUAAUUUAAUUCCAAAAUAAUUAGUUUGUUCACCCUAGACGUACAGCGGAUUAAUACCCUCGAGGACACUUAUGGUGCUUCAUAUCUCAUUGUUUGCUUGUAUUUUUAUUUGAAGUUACCUUCCUUUACCUAGUCCUAACAAUUUGUGCUUGUUUUUUGGGAGUUUUGCAUUAACAGAAAAUUGUUUCAGUGCAAUAAUUAUUAGAUGUGAAUUAGUUUGUUAGGUUUUAACAUUGUUAGAAACUAUGAGGUAAGGAUUCCACUAAUAAAUACCAUGUACAGUUUAAGUUAUAAAUAUAAAAAUCAGAUUGUUGUUUGUUACUUGGAUUUAUAAAUUUAGGAUCUUAAAGAUAACUCCAUAAAAUUAAUAGCCAGUAUCCUAGUGGUUACAAAGACAGUAAAAUAGAUUUUAACAAGGCCUUACAUAUUCAUAUCAUUUUUCUAAAAACAAUUGAAAUGGAAUUUUAAAAAAAGGUUAUGAUUUUAUCUCCAACAUCUACUUUAUGAAGACUAGUCCAUAGAUCAAGUUUGGAGUAUUCCGUUUAGGCUAAUAAAAUAAAAGAUUCCAUUAAAGGCUUUUGUUGCACAAAUAAAAAUAAAUUAUCGUGUGAUCCAAAUGUCCCAUUAUUAGCUAUCCAAGCCAUUUUGUGUGUUUACCUAGAUGUGAAUGACAUUGUAGUUAGUACUGUCUGACCCACCAACCGGUUUAGCACUGUCUGACCCACCAACCGGCUUAUCACUGUCUGACCCACCAGCAGGUUUAGUACUGUCUGACCCACCAAUAGGUUUAUUACUUACUGACCCACCAGCAGGUUUAGUACUGUCUGACUCACCAACAGGUUUAGUACUGUCCGACUCACAAAAAGCUUUAGCAACUGUCUGACUCACCAACAGGUUUAGUACUGUCCGACUCAAAAAAAGGUUUAAUACUGUCUGACUCACCAACAGGUUUAGUACUGUCCGACUCAAAAAAAGGUUUAAUACUGUCUGACUCACCAACAGGUUUAGUACUGUCCGACUCACAAAAAGGUUUUGUACUGUCUGACUCACCAACAGGUUGGCUAAAUCCACAGCUGAAGAUUGACAACACAAGAUUUGAUAUUUUUUUUUGUUUCCUCCUAACCUCAAUCCUACAUUUGGUUUGCUUUUUAAUCUUUGUGCAUGUUAACCCCUAAACUCACCUGCUUGUUGUUACACGAAAUUAAACAGAUUUGUAAAAGUUGAUGACCUGACCUGGUUUGAAAAAACGGUUAAGCGGAUAGUAACAGAGGAAAUAAGUGAAGAAGCUGGAGAGCUUGUGAUGGAAAAUUUCUAUUUCACCGACUUCAUGAGGUGGGCAUCAUCUUUUAAAACCAUCAUUUGACAAUCGGGAAAACUUUUAAAAUUAAAGAAAAUGGUCGUCAAGGAAAUGGUUAAAGAUUCUAUGUGAAAAGUUUGAGGCAGGGUGCUGCACUUGUAGGGCAUACAAUAUCUACAGCAACACAAAUUUGAAUUUUUUGUCAGCAACACAGUUAAGUCAUUCACCUUCAGCCUUUCCAUUUUGUAACUAAAAAAUCACUAACAAUUUUAAAUAAGAAUGAAUAAAAACCACCAGAUACUUGUGCAUGACUUCAUAUUAUUCCCAUUUCCCAGUUUAGCAUUUUUGGUAUAGAGGUUCCAACAUAAAAAGGCCUUUUUGUUUUCUAUUUAAUACCAGAUUUAUAAAGAAAUUUACAUUUUUAUAAAUGAUUUGCUAAGACGUAAUUAAGUGACAUUGGUCCAGUUUUUGCUUAAUUUUAAAUGCCAGUGUUUGAUAACCUUCACCUUCCCAAUCACACAAUUGAAGAAGUAAGUACAUAGACAUUCUGUUAUCUUGUGUGGUUUCUAUCUAGAAGUGUGAAAAUUAGUUGUAGUCAGAUGCACAGUUUAGAGAUUCAUUUUUAACAAAAAAUUGAUCUCUUAAUAGCAGACUUGGAAAAAUAAAAUGACAUGUUCAAUUAUGUUUUUACAUAGUUUUAAGUUAGUUACAUGGAUUGAAGAUUUUAGCUUUAACUUAACUAUAUAAAUUUUAGAUUUAUUAUUUAGCUCAUGUGAGCUGAAACUAAGAAGAAAUUAAAUUCUAAGUUAACAUUUGUUGUUAUAUUCCACCACUGAUUAAUGAGAUGACCAUUUAAAGACUUUAAAAUGUAACAGACAUGCGUCAAGUUAAUUUUCAUGUUCUUCAAUCGAUAUAUUCUAAAAAUAGAUUGUAUUUUUGUCUGUUUGUUUCUCUCAGAGAUGCUCCAGAGGCCACUGGUGAUGAACCAGAAGAUGCUGACUUUGAUAUGCCCAAAAUCUAUGAGCCUGUGAGUCACCCACUGCACCUUUUUUUUUGUUUAAAGAGAGUCAUUGUAUACUAGUCUGAGAAAAAAAAAUGGCUUAUUUACUUUUAGUGGCUUUGUAAAAAUGUAUAAAUGUUUAUGCUUAAAUAAUGGAUUACAUUUCAAGUUAUUGUAUUGGAGAUUAAUUAUUAUUAUAUUUUUAAUGAGCUAUUUCGUAAAAGGGUUUCAUUGAAGAAGCUUGUGUCAUGUCUGUAAUAAAUAGUGUAAGUAAAUAGGUUUAACUAAGACUCAAAUUUCUCACAGGUGGAAAACUUCCACCAACUGGAAGAGAGACUUUCCUACUUCCUACAACAGUACAAUGACAGCAUCCGAGGAGCUGGCAUGGAUUUGGUCUUCUUCCGUGAUGCCAUGACCCACUUGGUCAAAGUCUCUCGCAUCAUUAGGACCCCCAGGGGUCAUGCCCUCCUGGUGGGUGUCGGUGGGUCUGGUAAGCAGUCUCUGACCAGACUGGCCUCCUUCAUAGCUGGUUACAAGACAUUCCAGAUAACUCUUACAAGGUUGGUGUAGGAAUAUCUCUUCUUGUUGAUCCUCUGCUCACCAUUAAUUUCAAGUUAAAAUUCAUUUGCUAAACCUUAUUCAAUCACUGCUCAUGUCGAUAUGUUAUCUUCAGAUCCUACAAUGUGUCCAACCUUCUGGAAGAUCUGAAGUCCUUGUACAGAACAUCUGGCCAGCAAGGCAAGGGCAUAACAUUCAUAUUUACUGACCAGGAAAUCAAAGACGAGGGCUUCCUUGAGUACCUCAAUAACAUGCUGUCCUCUGGUGUGGUAAGUAGCCUAACCUUUUUGUUUUUCUGUAAAGGUGAAAGAUACUCAAAAAGAGGCAGACCGAAUUUUGGUUUCGCAGCUGAAAGUUGUCAUUUGAUAAUUUUUUGGUAUAGUUUCAGCCAAAACAGAAAAGUUAACUUUCGGUUUAUUUCGGUUUUGAACAUCUGUGAUGGAGGCUUUCGGCGGUCUACCAACCAGAAGUCAGACUGACACUCGAUCUGCCUGUUGGCUGGCAAUCCAGUAUUCAUUAUUUCUGGACAACUUGCUGUCAUUGUUUUAUAUUUAUCAUUAAUCCUCUGCUUACACUGCUCACAGCUUCAGCAUGACCCACUUGUUAAAUAUUUCCAAAAAGAAAAUUACAAUUAGGCUUAGGCAAAGAUAAAUAGUUUUGUGGAAACAAAAACUGUAGGUAUAGUAAUAUUUAUAUUUUUAUUUUUGUUUUAAUUUUUUCAAUAAUGAAAGUUGGCAACGCUAGGUUUAUUCAAUUCAUUCAUUUGUGACAUUCCUUUUGAUUUAUCAUUAUCAUGCUCAUAAAUGUUGUCGUUGGCAAAGGUGAAUAGUGUUGUGAAAAAGAAAAAAAAAAUCCUCGGAAGUGGUAACAUUUCCAUUAUUUUGUUUUAAAUUUAAAAAAAAUAAAAUUAGGGAACCUAAGGCUUAUUUAAUUCAUUCAUUUAUUGAAAUUCACUAUUAUCAUGCUGAUCAACAUUGUCUUUGACGAAAUAAAAGUGUUCAACAAAAUUAGUCAUGUGUAUGGACACAAAAUGUAAAGGAAGAGAAUAAUGCAACCUUUAUUUAUAUUUAAAAAUAUAAAUAUUUAUUUUAAUUUUGUAUAAUUAGGCAUAAAAUAGCCUUUAAUUUAAAUCAUAAGCCUACACACACUUGUGCAUGUAUUACUAUUUCAUAUAAUAAUUAAGUAGUGAACCUACAGUAUUAUCAUACUAAACGUAGCUCUACAUUUUUUUAACGUUUAUUUUAUCUGGGUCAAAUCUAAAAUUAGCCGAUAAAUGAUAAUUGCAGAUAAAUAAAAAAUUUAAAUGUUGACCAAUAGGAACAUGUUUUUUCAACAAAAAUGUAUGGGUUAGUAGAGCAAAGAGGUCCUUCUGGAAAUUUAUGUGGGCUGUACCAAUAAACAAUACAUCGGCUAAGCUUUCGAUUGAUACCAAAUAUGUCAGGGUAGCAUUGUAAUUAUAUUAUAAAAGUCUCAUCAAAUUUUGGAUUUUUUUUGUUGAAAAUCCCAUUCAUUUAGUCUCUAACUCAAAACAAGAAGAAACACAAUUAUAAUAAAUUACUAAUUAAAUGUAUUUUGAAUCACUGAGCAAUGUUAACUAAAUCUGAGCAGAAUAUUUUGAAUCUAAAUUAUUUCAACGAAUAAUUUCUAUUAGAGCAUUACUUAAGUUUUUGCUCACUAUUUCCUGGCAGGUGUCUAACUUGUUUGCCAGGGAUGAAAUGGAUGAAAUUCUGGGUGAACUGGUGGCUGUCAUGAAGAAAGAGUUCCCCAAACGCCCACCCAGCAAUGAGAAUCUGUAUGAGUACUACCUUACCAGAGUCAGAGCCAACCUUCAUGUGUCACUCUGCUUCUCACCUGUAAGUCUAGCUGUGGUAGUAAGGGAUAGUCAACAAGCAGUAACUGGUAGUAUACAAUUUUUUGGUAGUAUGGCAGUAAGUGAAAGUCUAGCUCAGGGGUGGGCAACCAUUUUGUGCAGAAAACUGUGGGGGAAUUGUUUUUUUGUUUUUUUAAGCCACGUAAUAAUUAUCUAGUAAUCUAGAGUUUACCCCGAGUUUUGUUCAGAUAUAAGCAGUGGAUAAGUUGAAUGAUUUUUACAUUUGGUGUGAUUAUUAUUAUUACAUUUUGACAAAUUUACACUGUCAUUAUUAAUUUUCAAAGACUUUUUAAAGAUAAUCCUUUACAAUUUGUAAAUUUUACCAAAAAAAUUGAUCCAGUUCCCAAAGGAAUUGCAGGCCAAAUUCAAAAUUUCAAGGGGCCGUUUGUGGGCCAUAGGUUGUCCACCCCUGGUCUAGCAGUAGGUGGUACUCUUAAUGUGAUUAAAGUCCCUUUUAAAAAAACCUAUCUCUUUUAAAGUGAAAGCAUCAAGUUAAUGUAAUGAUCUGAUCUGGUGAUCAUAUAGUUUUAACAUUUACGUUUUUCCCCCAAUGACCAGGUUGGGGAGAAGUUCCGUCAAAGGGCCCUCAAAUUCCCAGGUCUCAUUUCUGGAUGCACAAUGGACUGGUUCCAAAGAUGGCCAAAGGAUGCCCUCAUCGCCGUGGCUGACCACUUCUUGAGGGACUUUGACAUUGUCUGCACAGAGGAAGUGAAGAAACAAGUUAUCCAUACCAUGGGUAUCAUCCAUGAUGGAGUUGCUGAGAGCUGCAUUGAUUACUUCCAGAGGUUUGUUAUUAUUUUUAUGGUUGUCAGCGACUGUAUUACAAAAGUUUUUUACUUAGUCUUACUAAUUAUUUAGUCAGCACAGUAGGUUAAAACUAUUUCUUAGCUCAUUUAAAAACACUGUUUGCUGCAAGACCUUUUAAAAUGAUUUGCUAUGAUUAGAUCAUGUUGUAUCAUUAUUAUUUUAAAAAUUGGAAUAAUCAUUGAGUAACGAUUGAUGUAAAUGAAAGAAACUAAAGGUGGACAUUGGUUGUUUCAGAUAUCGUCGUUCCACUCAUGUCACCCCCAAGUCUUACCUGUCAUUUAUUAAUGGGUACAAGACCGUGUACAAGGACAAGAGAAAUAUGAUUGGGGAGAUGGCCAAUAGGAUGAACACAGGUGUGUGGCUAUAUUUUUAAAAAAAAUGAAUUACCCAACUUACUAAAGGAUACUUUUAGUGGUGAACAGAUAAAAUGAAUAUGUACCUUUAAAAUAUUUUUUUCAAAGACAAUGCUGCUCACUGUUCAUUCCUGAUUUCUACUUUUAGGUUUAGAAAAACUGGUUGAAGCGUCUCUGGCAGUGGCCGAACUGAGCAAAGAAUUGGCUGUGAAAGAAAAAGAGCUGGCCAUAGCAUCAGAGAAAGCUGAAGCUGUACUGAAGCAAGUCACCAUUCAGGUAACAUUUCUGUCUGACUGUAAAAAAAACCCCAGGGAAAUGAGAUCUAGUAAAUUUGUUGCCUUCAUUAAAAUUCUUUAUGUAAACAAUGGCCAAAAACAAUUGAUUCAAAUGUGUAUAUAGAAUUUAAAUAUACUGGAACUAAGGAAGUGUAGUUAUGAAAAUAAUAGAUGUUGUAUUGUUAGAAUACUUAUUGCUUUAUUUAAAAGUGGGUCAGUCAAUAAAACUGAAAAAUACAUUUUGUUUCAAAGAGUAGCAAAAAACUUUUCAAUGUUCCAGUUAUUAUUUUUAUUUGAUUUCAGCUUUUGAUUUCAACUUUGCCCUUGACCUAAUUUUACCAUUUAUUUUGUUAUUAAUUUUAUAAAUAUUUGUUAUACUUUCCUUCUCACAUUGAUGGCUUCAUACUUGUAAUCUCCUUAGGCUCAAGCUGCUGAGAAGGUCAAGAACCAGGUUCAGAAGGUCAAGGACAAAGCUCAGACCAUUGUGGACAGCAUUGCCACAGACAAAGCUAUUGCAAUGGAAAAGCUGGAGGCGGCAAGGCCAGCACUGGAAGAGGCUGAGGCUGCCCUCAACACCAUCAAACCCGCGCACAUUGCUACGGUCAGAAGGCUGGGGAAACCCCCACAUCUCAUCAUGAGGAUCAUGGACUGCGUCCUCAUUCUCUUUAGGUUUGUACCUGACUAAAACACGGUUUAUUAUUUGACAGGUCAAAGUAUUUGAACACUGUUGAACAUCUAUCUACUAUGUCAAGUUUAUGUUAUUUAUAGCGUACAUUUUUCAUUAAGUCCUGCUUGUGUUGACAAGUCACUCGUUUUAUUCAAAAGAAAUAUGCACCGCAAUUGAAUACAUCACUAAUGAAUCUGUCACAUUUCAUUACAGCACCUAUUUAUCAACAUCUUUAGGUGCUCCUUGUGGAGCAUAGCUCACCAAUGAUCUCACUCCAUUUUGCUCUCUCAAAAUCUUUUCUCUGUGUGUUCUCAUUGAUUUAGACCAUACAGUUUUGUCCAUGUUUUCUAUAUUUCAAUAUGGCAACUUGAAUAUUGUGUUUAAUUCCUUGCUUUUCUUGAUUUCUGAACAUCAACAGGAGUAAACUAAACCCUGUAACUACGGAUCCAGAAAAGCCUGAGUUUGUCAAACCAUCAUGGAACCACUCACUCAAGGUAAGACUAAGUACUAAAAGUGUCAAAUGUGGUUAUCUCACUUUGUUGUUGUUGUUUGUCCUUUGCAUGCGAAGAUGACCAAGGUUAUAUUCCACGGAGAUUCGUAGGUAUCCUGCCAGUCUGUUUUGUGCCUGGAAAGCUUUCCCGCACGUGGGACACACAUUGUUCUGGGUCCUAGUUGGGAUUGAGUCGAUUCUGUUUUUCCUUGCCGUGCGCUUUCUUUUGGCGUAAGCGUGCACUUAUUCUUUGAGGAUUGUGCUCUGGCAGUGAUUCUACCAUGCCUGCUUAAAUGGUCCUUACCAAAUGUCUCCUAGGAAUCAAGGUCAAUGUCCAUGGAUUUGAGUGAUGCUUUUAGACGGUCCUUGAAGCAUUUAUUUCUGCCCACCAGCUGAGCGUUUCCCACUGGUGAAUUCACUGAACAUUAAUCGUUUGGGAAGUCUGCUGUCUGGCAUUAUUGCAACAUGUCCAGCCCAUCUGGCCUGUCCUUUUUAUAGUGGGUGCUGGUAAAAUCAGCCCAUUUUAGGACCUCUGUAUCAGGGACUCUGUUCUUCCACCUUAAGCCUAGAACUGUACGUAGGCAACUUAGCUGGAGAUGGUUUAGCUGACAAGCAUGUCUGCUGUACACUGUCCAUGUCUCAAGAGCAUAUAGGAGAAAUGUUAUGAUGAUUGCCCUAUAUGCUUCCAGCAUAUUGACAAGACUGAGACCCCUUUGCUUCCAAAAACUCUUGUGAAGCUUUCCAAAUUCAACAUAUGCUUUGGAAAUCCAGUUAUUGAUUUUCUCAUCAUUUACUGCUACUGACCUGGAGAGGGUGCUGUCCAAAUAUAAAUUAUUCUCCUGCUUGGAGAUUCUGUCCCUUCCCUAAUAGUUUAGGUUUUUUGUAAGCUUUUCCUGGAGCUGGCUGGUGUAAGAUCUCUGGUUUUUUCAUAUUGAUGGCGAGGCCAUUGUCUUAGUUGUCACAGGCCUUAGCAAAUUGAUCAAGUAAGGGCUUGCAUUUAAGGGACAGUCAUGAGCAAACAAGAAAUCUCGAAUAACCAUUUCUUUAACUGUCAGUAUCUCAGUAAACAUUCAUUCAACACACAUAGAAAUUGUAAGUCUAAUUUUCAUCAAGUUCAUGUCUCAGCUUGAGCAGAUGCUAAAUCUGUGUCUUCACGUUCUGACCACACAAUGAAUGAAUGAGUUACCAUAUGCCUUAAAUACAGACCAUUUUUUGUGUACAGCAAAAACUCAGAAAAACACUUACAAGACUGAAAACAAUCAGCACAAUGUAAUAAAAAAAUAUUUAUAUUUAUUUGGAUCAAUAAAAACAAUUUAUUUUAUCUUAUCUGACCAAAACAUAGCCACAUCAUGUGACCAAUACGUAUCUAUGAUUUGACCAGUAUCUACUUAUGAUUUGAACACAACAGGGCAAAAUCUUUUACAUUUCCCUACUCCUUGUCUGAUUCCAGCUGAUGGCCGACACGAAUUUCCUGAAGAACUUGGUGGAGUAUGACAAAGACAAGAUAAAUGACGAGAUGUGUGAACACAUGGAGCCUUACCUGGCAUCUGAAGACUACACACUGGACAUUGCCAAGAACGUCUGUGGUGAUGUGGCCGGACUGCUGUCUUGGACCAAAUCUAUGUACGUCUUCUACUUCAUCAACAAGGAAGUCCUACCACUCAAGGUCAGUGAUGUUAAUAUCAUAUAGAGUCUCAUAGAGAAAAGUAAUCAAUCUAGAUUCACUUUUUUUGUACUCACUUCAAUAUUUAGUUGGCAAAAAAUAGUCACUAUUUGAGUUUUCUUCCUCUCUCGCUAAACAAAAUUUUUUGUGAUUUUAAUUUAAUUCGAUUUUUAAACAACAAAUACCCCGCAGCUCUUGAAAUACUUUGUGUGUGAAAAGGGAAAAAAAAACCAGGGAACCACUUACCUUAAACGUUAAAUAUGUUUUCAAUUAUUAAGAGUCAAUAAUUUUUUUUCUUUUAAGAUUCUGUAAAUACUGCUUUUAAGAUCACAACCAAUGGAUCUUAACAGAAUUCUAAUAAGUUAUGUUAUAACUCAUUCCUGACUUUACUCAAUCCCACAAGAUUAAACUGUAAAUCUAAAUCAGAUUUGACUUUUUUAAUCAACCAGGCCAAUCUGGCAGUACAAGAAGGUCGUCUGAAGGGUGCCAUGACAGAUUUGGAGACAGCUCAGGCACAGCUGGAUGCCAAGGAGGCAGAGCUGAGAGCCGUCCAGGCAGAGUAUGACAAGGCCAUGGCAGAGAAGCAAACCCUGAUGGAUGAUGCUGAGACUUGCAGACGUAAGAUGUCUGCUGCGUCUGCCCUCAUCAAUGGCCUGGGAAGUGAGAAGGAGAGGUGGACAGAGCAAAGCAAAGAGUUCAAAGCCCAGAUUGGAAGGUGAGUUGUCACAGAAUUAGGUGGUCACAUUAAGUAUUCUGCUAACAGGUUGGGUCACUUCAGCUCAUGAUUUACUUAAAGUGGUUUUGGAACAUGUUAGUACUAGUCCUGUACAGCCAUCUCUAUACUGUUCAUGAUACCAUCAUCAUCAGUCAUGGGGGGGGGGGGCAAAAAAUUUUUUAACUUUACCGGGGGGGGGGCAAAUUUUUAAUAUAGUUUUAAUUUACUGUAGCGUAUUUGUAUGGUGAACGAACGGACAGGACAUCAGCUUAGUUACUUUCUCUUUAUUUUCUCUUUACUUUAAUACAUUUUUUGUCUAUUUUUGUCUAAAAUUUUUUAUCCAAUCAAUCCAGGGGGGGGGGCAAGUGCCCCCCUUGCCACCCCCUGUGGGCGCCCAUGUCAUCAGUGGCGCUACAGCAUCCUUCCAUUCGUAUGAAUCCAUGGCCUUCCACCUCCAUGCGUUGACCCCAAGCUGAUGCAAGUCCUUCUUUGCAUCAUCUAUCCAACUCAGUCUUGGUCGACCUAUGAGCUGUCUACCCCUAGGUUUCUGCCUGUAGAUAACAUUAUCUUCUCUGCAAUCUGGCAUCCUCUUGGCCAGCGUAGUCUGCCUUUUUUAAUUGUUGGGACCAUGGGUGGGUCUACCAUAGGUGGGUCUACCAUGGGUGGGUCUACCAUGGGUGGGUCUACCAUGGGUGGGUCUUCAAACGAUUGAUAAAUCUCUGGGUUUAUAUGAAUCUGCAUCCAUCAAUUUUUAUUGUUGGACCGUAUAUUUGUGACCGCUGCUCAUGAUAGAAAAAAAUUAAUUACAAGAUCUUAGCUUGAAAUGAGACACAACCGAACUACAAAUGUGAACUACUAGUAACAAAAUUAAAGUGUCAACCUGUGAAAUCCAUUGGCACUCUAAGCUAAUACAUAUAUUGUUUUCUUUUGUCUCAUUUCUUAGACAAAAUUUAUAAUUUAUUUAUACUUUUUAAGCUUGAUUGCUAUUGCUAAACUUUGUUGGAAUAGUAUUGCAGUUAUGAAAUGGCUUUACCAUUUGUCGCUUUAUGUCUGGUUUUGUAAGUGAAUCAUUAAGUGUUUUUCCUUACUGUUUAGUAAGUUUAGAGAACCUGCUUGGCUUGCAUGUAUCCUUGGCUGAUGUCUUCAUGUCUGUAAAGAUUUAUUUUGUCCUCGUAGGUUGGUAGGAGAUAUCCUCAUGUGUACGGCAUUCUUGUCCUACUCUGGUCCGUUCAACCAGGACUUCCGUAGUCUGCUCAACAAGAACUGGAUGAAAGAGUUGAAAUCUCGCAAAAUUCCAUUUUCUGCAAACCUCAACAUCGUAGAACUGCUUAUUGAUCCCACUCAGGUAUGUGCUCACCUGAUAAUUAUGAAAUAUUUUCAAAUAACUAAUAGCUGCAUUUCUUUUCUAUAAUGAUUUUUGUGUGUCUAUUUUAUAUUUUUUAUAUUUUCAAUUAUUUUCAGAUUGCAGAAUGGAACAUUCAAGGUUUGCCUAAUGAUGAGCUCUCGACCCAAAAUGGAAUCAUCGUCACCCAGGCAUCUCGCUAUCCUCUCCUCAUUGACCCUCAGGGACAAGGCAAAAGCUGGAUCAAGAAAAAGGAAGAAAAGCAUGAGCUGCAGGUGUUUAUUAGUGAAAGCAAAAUCAAAAUCUUUAGUCAGUUUUGAGAAGAAACAAAAUGCAUCAAUUUUUUUAGGCAAGAUUUUAAAUAAAUGGUUAUGAGUAUUUAGCAUUUUGAUUCUGUAAAUCACUGAAUUAUAAGAGAAGUGCUUUCUGUUUUAGGUGACUUCAUUAAAUCACAAAUACUUCCGUCAACAUUUGGAAGACUCCAUGUCGCUGGGACGUCCACUCAUGAUUGAAGACAUUGGAGAAGAACUUGACCCUGCCCUGGACAAUGUCCUGGAGAAGAACUUUAUCAAGGUUUGAUUUGAAUUAUUUUAAACUCACAUAUCUGUGUUACAACUGAAUAUGGCCAGUUAACGGCUUUUUCAAAUCCAUACAUUACUUGGUAUCAGUAAACUUUUUUGUUUAGCCUCACAAAUUAUCUUUGUAUUGCCAGGUGGGUUCCAUGCUCAAGGUCAAGGUAGGAGACAAAGAGUGUGACAUCAUGAAAGGCUUCACACUAUACAUCACCACCAAGAUGCCCAACCCCUCGUACACACCAGAAAUAUCGGCCCGAACUUCCAUCAUCGAUUUCACCGUCACCAUGAAAGGCCUGGAAGACCAGCUUCUAGGUCGCGUCAUCCUCACAGAGAAGGCCGUAAGUGUUAUUUUUUAAUGUUUUAACAUUUAUCAUUUUACAAAGCCCAUCUGGGGGCCAUAAUAGUGUGUAGUUAAUGUAGCUUUUAUGGACAUCUCAUAGAUUCAAACACAUUACCUAUCAGUGUCACUAUGGCUUGGCAUGGGUCCAAAGUCAGGCCAGAUGCUUUUGUCUAUCUUACCCAAAAGUUAAAAAGGAUGUAACAUUUUUAAAGUAUUUAAAUGUCAAUGUUGGCUUAAGUGUACCACAUCUAACCCAUUGUUCCAUACCACAUCUAACCCAUUGUUCCAUACCACAUCUAACCCAUUGUUCCAUACCACAUCUAACCCAUUGUUCCAUACCACAUCUAACCCAUUGUUUCAUACCACAUCUAACCCAUUGUUCCAUACCACAUCUAACCCAUUGUUCCAUACCACAUCUAACUCAUUUUUCCAUUUACACAAAUCCCCUGCCUAAACCUUCUCACUGAACAUGUUGCCUAUGCCAGGAGCUGGAGAGUGAACGUUUAAAGCUGAUGGAGGAGGUCACGGCCAACAAGAAGAAAAUGAAGGACCUGGAGGACAGUCUGUUACUCAGACUGACCACAACAAAGGUAACAGGACAGACAUUGCUCACUGGCCAAAGAAGACUCAAUAACGGUCUGGCGAAGUGAAGGAUGUCUUCAAAAUUUUUCAAAGUCUUAAAAUAUUUAUAUUAAAAUAACACUGCAAAAUAUUAAAUUAUUGAGACACAAACAGUUUAUGUAAAUAAAACAAUAUAGGUUUAACGUUAACCCUUUGAACCCGCGAUUCCUCUUUAUUGGUCUGCGCCUUAGAAAUCCCCCCCCCCCCCCCCCCCCCCCCCCCGAGAAAUAGUUCGAUCUCCCAUACCUUACCAUAGAUCGACAGUCCGUAUAUAAAAUGCGUUGUAAAUACUGAGUUUAGAGUUUACCACGUGACUUGCGAAAGGUCACAGUCAUGACUGCGCCCAUGAAUGCAUUGAUUUUGUUAUGUUUUAGUAAUGUUUUUCUAUGUGUAAGGGUGACGAAAAUACAAAAUUUGCUAUUCUCAAGGACUCAAACUAGAGUAGUUUUAUGAUAAUGUAAAUAAUUCAAAGGAUUAUUAUUGCGUUUUGAAAAGGGAUUGAAAUUAAGCAAAAGACAAUGAUAGUGACGAUCGAUUGACUUCAACUUCUAGUGCUAUCGAUGUGUGCUUUGGGAAUAAAAGAAACAACACAAGGUCCACCCCUAGUCCUAGCCUUGGUUUUAAUGAAAAAUCAGUCGUAGAAAUGAAAUCUUACUAUGAUAUUUUACAACAUAAUUUCUAAAACAAUUAUCUCUGUGAUACAUUUUAUAAUACUUAUGGACUACUAAUGGACAAAUUUCACCGCGGCCCAUUUGGACACCCUAUAUUGUCUUUUUUCUUCCCCUUUUUCUAUAUAUUUUUAUUUGGCAAGUUUAUAAUAGUUAUAAUCCUCAAGACCUGAAUUCUUUUAGUGUAUAUUAGUAAAACUGUCAGCCUCGUUCAUCACCACCACGAACACCCACCUUGCUACAUAUCAUUGUAUGAACGUUUGUUUUUUGUUGUACUGAUGAAGGCAUUUGCAUUCGAAAUGUUUGCAUUUGUAUUUUGAGUAACUAUUUUUGAAGCUUAACUUAUAUUGUUCUAUUUACACAACUUGUUUGUGUCUCUCUUCUUUUUACUUGAAAGCUUUAUUGCAGAACAACACUUAUAGUUAUUUUGCCAAAUAUUAACAUGAUAAUUGAUUUUUUUUAGUGAGGUUCCAGUAUUACAAGCCUAAACAUACCCUGCUCCAUUAUUUAUUACAGUAUUACAAGACUAAACAUAUUUUGUUUCAUGAAAAUUCAUUCAAUAAACAGAGUAUACUCUAUGAAAAUGAUAUCAUAAUUUUUUUAUCACUAAAAUGUAAAGGAGUUGUUUAUGACUUAAUCAGAUCCAGUUAUGACUUAGUGAGAUCCAGUUAUGACUUAGUGAGAUCCAGUUAUGACUAAGUGAGAUCCAGUUAUGACUUAGUGAGAUCCAGUUAUGACUUAGUGAGAUCCAGUUAUGACUAAGUGAGAUCCAGUUAUGACUAAGUGAGAUCCAGUUAUGACUUAGUGAGAUCCAGUUAUGACUAAGUGAGAUCCAGUUAUGACUUUCUUGUUAACUAUUCUUUUAUCUGUGUCUAGGGAUCACUAGUAGAUGAUGAAGAUCUCAUCAACGUGCUGCAUGUCACAAAGGCCACAUCCCUGGAUGUCACUCAGAAACUGGACAUUGCUGCAGACACAGAGAUAAAAAUAAACUCUGCUAGAGAAGAGUUCCGACCAGUGGCCACAAGAGGCUCCAUUUUGUACUUCCUUAUAACAGAGAUGAGUUUGGUCAACGUCAUGUACCAGACCUCUCUCAGACAGUUCCUGCAGCUCUUUGACCUCUCCAUGGCCAGGUAGGUCACAGCUAUUAUUUGAUCUCUCUGUGGCCAGAUAGGUCACAGCUAUUAUUUGAUCUCUCUAUGGCCAGGUAAGUCGCAGCUAUUAUUUGAUCUCUCUGUGGCCAGGUAGGUCACAGCUAUUAUUUGAUCUCUCUGUGGCCAGGUAGUUUUCAGCUAUUAUUUGAUUCUUCUAUGGCCAGGUAGGUCACAGCUAUUAUUUGAUUUCUCUGUGGCCAGGUAAAUCACAGCUAUCCUUUAAUCUCUAUAUGGCCAGGUAGGCCACAGCGAUUAUUUGAUCUCUAGGUGGCCAGGUAAGUCACAGCUAUCAUUUAAUCUCUAUAUGGCCAGGUAGGUCACAGCUAUUAUUGGAUCUCUUGAAUAAAAUAAAAUUCAAGCUGAUGUUAAAUAUUCACCAACCAAAAAAAUAGUAACAAAACUAAUAACUGAUAUUUUAUCCUUACUUUAUCAGGUCAACUAAGUCACCAAUAACGCAGAAGAGAAUAAUAAAUAUUAUUGAGUACAUGACCUUUGAGGUAUUCAAGUAUGCUGGACGUGGCCUUUAUGAAAGCGACAAAAUGACCUUCACCUUGCUGCUAGCCUUGAAAAUUGAUCUCCAGGCCAUGAAGAUCAAGCAUGAUGAGUUCAUGACCCUUGUCAAAGGUAAAGGAAACAGAAUAAAUCAAAAUAUUUUGCUCUGAAAUAGAUAAUUUCGAUUAAAAAUAAAAUGAAAGAUGGUAAUGCUGGUGUGGCUAAGGAAGCUGGCAAUAGUUGACUUGUGAAAUGUUGAGCGCUGCGUAAUAAUUUGUGAUUUCCACCAGGUGGAGCAUCUGUCGACACAUCCACAGCACCACCUAAGCCACCCCAGUGUAAGUGGGUGGCACAGAUCACAUGGCUGAAUCUUACUGAGCUCAGCAAACUUCACCAGUUCUCAGGUAUCAUUGAGCAGGUAAGUGUUGAAUAUGCCAGGCUGAUAAGCACAAUGCCGGUCCAUCUUCUUUAGCAUCCACAUGACUCAUGUCAUCACCAGAUCUGUGCCAUUACCCAGGUGACCAAGUCAUUACCCUCUGACACUCAUGUAAUUUCUUUUGAGACCUAAGCUACUAAUUUCAACAAUUCAUUCAUCUACUAUGAAAGCUACACACAUCCUCACCCAUUCAGUGAGCUUUCAUGAUUUUCUUGCCUUUGAACGUGAUUAAAAAAAUAUUGUUGAAAUAACUUCUUUCUCAGUUUCUUUAGAUUUUUUUUUUGACUUUUAAACUUAUUAUUAAAUUAAAAUAGAUACUAAUUGGUAAGAGGGGCUAACAGAUUCUCUUAUAUUCUCUGAUUUUUUAAAGCCAUGUUAUUGUAAUUAGAUCUUGAGUACAAGUAUUUCUUAUUUUCUUCUUUAUGUAUGGUUAAAAUAGAAUCUAGACUUCUUCAUAGUUUUUGUUGUGAAUGCUUGCAUUUCUAUUUUUUUAAAAUUUGUUCUUCAAAAAUAACUCAACAUUUUUCAGGUUGAGAGGAAUGACAAACAGUGGAAACAGUGGUUCGAGAAGGAAGCCCCCGAGGAAGAGGUCAUCCCCGAUGGGUACAACAAUUCUCUGGAUGUCUUCCGCAGACUUCUGCUUGUCAGGUGCUGGUGUUCUGACAGAAUUCUGCCAAUGGUGAGUUGUUUUUUUUUGUUGGAAAACAAGAAAGAUAGUGACUCAUAAUUUGCUGGGGUAAGCAAAGGUCCCAAAAAAGGUCUUUUUAUUUAUCCUGUAAGAUUGUGGGGAAAAAUAAUUAUCUUUAGUUUGUAACAUGGUAGUGCUAUUCAACUAGUGGACAUUUUCCUCUCCCAGGCCAAGAAGUACAUUGCUGACACAAUGGGAGAGAAAUAUUCUGAGGGAAUCAUUCUGGACAUGGAGAAGAUGUGGCAAGAGAGUACCAACAGAUCGCCACUCAUCUGUUUACUUUCCAUGGGUUCGGAUCCCACACCUUUGAUUGAAGGCUUGGCUAAAAAACUCAAAUUAGGUGGGUCAUCUUGGCCGGGGAAAUCUUUUACCUGUUCUAAUUUAUCUGUUUCUUGUUCUUAUCAAUAUCUCAGUAAAUUUGUUCUUUGUUUUUUUAUCAAUAUCUCAGUAAAUUGUUCUGUGUUCUUAUCAAUAUCUCAGUAAAUUGUUCUGUGUUCUUAUCAAUAUCUCAGUAAGUUGUUCUUUGUUCCUAUCAAAAGUCCUUUCCACUUGUAGUUGGUAUUUCUAAAGCUCUUUUAAAAUGCUCCAUAUUUACACUCUUUAUAAUUGACCAGAAUGCAGAGCCAUAUCUAUGGGUCAAGGUCAAGAAGUACAUGCCAGACGCCUGCUUCAGCAAGGUAUCACAUCUGGUGGAUGGCUCUUGCUACAAAACUGUCAUCUCAGUCUGGAUUAUGUCAAUGAAGUCAGUAUCAUUAGUGUCAUAUUUAGCUUAGUGUUGUUUUGUCUUACUGGUUGAAAAUUAUGUGCAUAUUUUAUAACACUGUGCAUAUUUCUGGAUUUCUCUGUUGAUUGGUUAAUCCAGAGGUUCCUAAACUGUGCGCCACAAUGGUCUGGCGAGUCAUGACCUCCGCAAGAAGCUAUUAACAAUUAUUAAAAAUUUUCUUUUUUGAAUUGCAUUUGUUUGACUUUGGCUUAGGGUGCCCCAGGAAAAGACUUAUAUGCAGCGAGUGUGCCAUGAAUAAAAGGUCUUGGAACAUCUGGGUUAAUCAAUAAUUAGUCCACCAUAAAUAAUAUUUUUUUAAUCAAGUAGAAAAUAUUUUUUGAUAGACUUAAUUUUUUUGUCGUUGUUCAAAUAAUGUAUUUUCUAAAUAAAUAAAGGAUUAUAGUUUGUUUAAUUUAAAUCAUAAAAUUAAAACAAACAAGAAAAUGUAACUCUAUACCAGAAUCAACUGGCAGUGCAUACUUCUAGAGCUUACUCAUUGAGAGAUCACUCCUAUAAAUUUAGUAUGCUGAAAGCCCGUUCAUGCGAUUGAAAGACACAUUGUAAAGAUCUUCAAAUGUCUUCGUCUAGGUUCUAGAUGCCAUUGUGGAGACUGAGACCAUCCAUGAAGAAUUCAGACUGUGGGUCACUACUGAGGUUCAUCCCAAGUUUUCCAUCAACUUUCUACAGGUAUUCCAAUGAUACAUUCAUUUAUAACUUAAGCCACUGAGAUGGUGUGUAGGUGGCAUACAUGGUCUUGCUCAUACAGUGGAAGAAAUCCUUUAAAACUGCAUUGGUUUCCUAGGGUGAUGCCUGGGUGAUAUGAAUUUAAAAUUCCUAAUAAUACAUCUUUCCAUAAAUAAAAUGAUCAACACUAAUAAUGCAUUGCCCUGUUAUACUUGUUAUGUGAGUGUUCAAGGUAAUGAAUGCAUUUUUGUAUUUGACUUCAGAUCUCCAUUAAGUUCACCAAUGAGCCACCCCAAGGUGUCAGAGCUGGUCUCAAGAGGACCUAUGCUGGCAUCACUCAAGACUUCCUGGACAUCUCUAACAUGCCACAGUGGAAGCCAAUGCUGUAUGGUGUGGCCUUCCUUCACACUGUGGUGCAAGAGAGGAGAAAGUUUGGCCCUCUGGGCUGGAAUAUCCCCUAUGAGUUCAAUACAUCAGAUCUUAAUGCCAGCAUUCAGUUUGUGCAGAACCACCUGGAUGAUAUGGAUCCUAAGAGAGUGAGUUGAACAGAAUGUAAUUCUCAUGGAUUUCAAAUAAAUUGUAAUUUUUUUAGAUUUAAACUUUCAUUCAGUUGUUUAUUAGUUGGGGGGGAAAAUUAUUAUAAUAAUUAUUAUUAUUUAAUUUUUUUGGGGUUGGGGAGGAGGGCAGUUGGGGCCAUUGCCCUUGUUUUUCUUUUUAUUAUUAUUUUUUUUUAAAUUGUAUGUGUCAUUGUGUCUUAAUUUUCUGUACUUACCUCAUUUACUAAUUAAAUAUUGCAGAAUAUUCUAUUUUUUCAAAGAAAGGAAUUUUGAAAUGAAAACAAUUUAGAAUAUAGAGCUCCACAAACUUUUACAAAUUUAUUUUUUCAUUUGAUUGUUGAUGUUAAAUAGUUUGAAGAAGUUGGAGUAAAAAUUGAUGUUUGUUACAAAUUUCAGUUCAGUUACAGUUAUUUUUCAAUAGAUUAAUUUUUUUUUUUUACUUCUCAAAUAUUUCAAUCUACCAAAUAUAUCCAUUUCUUAGGUUAUCCAAUAAAAAAGUAAAUAAUUGAAAUAUGCUGAAAGUUAUUAUAUAAAGAAGGGGUAAAAUUAUUUACAAUAACUUUUUUCUAAUGCUGACCCUCAGGGGGUCAACUGGAUCUGUGUGCGCUACAUGUUUGGAGAGAUCCAGUACGGAGGUCGUGUCACUGACGACUAUGACAAGCGACUUCUCAACACGUUCUGUCGAAUCUGGUUUGGUGAAAACAUGUUCCAGCCAAACUUUGUCUUCUACAAGGGCUACAACAUCCCCAAAUGUACCAAAAUACACGAGUUCCAUGAAUACAUCAACAACCUGCCAUCCACUGACCCCCCUGAGGUGUUUGGCCUUCAUGCUAAUGCAGACAUCACGUGAGUGAUUGCAGAAUAUUGUCUAUUAGUAUUAGCUGAAUCAUCAAAGGGUUAAUUUAUAUCUGAUAUUUUGUUUGCAGAAGUGAAAAACUUCACUAAUAGUAGAAAUAGUCCCUAUUUCUAUGACAUUUUCUUUAAUUUCUUUUAAUUAAAAGUAAUGCUUUCCGUUAAUUUUUAUAUUGUAAGUCAGAACCUUAUGUUUGACAUGAAUAAAUUCAGAGUCUGUAAAAUUAUAGACACUAGAAUUAAACUUUUCUUACCUGGCACCAGUGCCAUGAAAGUCUGUCGGUGUCCCCUUGUGAGUUUGCAAAUGCUGAUUGCUCAUGCGUGACUGUUGUCCAGGUACCAAAAUGUGACAGCCAAGUCCAUCUUAGACACCAUCCUAAACAUCCAGCCCAAGGACAGCUCAUCAAGUGGGGGUGAGACCAGGGAAUCCACCGUUUACAAGUUCUGUGAUGACGUCCUCAACAAACUGCCCAUAGAUUAUGACCCGUUUGAGAAGGUGGCGUGCCUGGCAAAACUUGGCAAGCUGGAACCUUUAGUAAUUUUCUUGAGACAGGUCGGUUGACAGAUAACUUAAGAGAUGUUGGAGGUUCAAUACACAUGUACAGCCUACUAUUAUAAACAAAAAUGAUUGACAAAAUCGCAAUUCAUUGCUUAUAUGUAAACAAUUGUAUUGCAAUGAAUUGACUAGAGGAGGAAUACCUCCUAGGCUUAAAAAUAUCUGUAAAAAUAUGGAAUUAUUUUUAUGCAUACGUUUUGAAGUGUUUCAAAAUAAAAAUUUGAUCACAUAAUAAACAUUUUUAUAAGUAUUUCUUCAUUUGGCAGGAAACGUUAAUAGAAGUGCUACUCAAUAAUUUAAAAUUUUUUUAUUUUAACUGCUGGUUAAGAACAAUCCUUACUUGUUAUGCAAGGUGUUCUUUCCAUGCAAUGUCCAUGUUCAUGUCGUUGACUAGAGGAGGAAUACCUCCUAGGCUUAAAAAUAUCUGUAAAAAUAUGGAAUUAUUUUUAUGCAUACGUUUUGAAGUGUUUCAAAAUAAAAAUUUGAUCACAUAAUAAACAUUUUUAUAAGUAUUUCUUCAUUUGGCAGGAAACGUUAAUAGAAGUGCUACUCAAUAAUUUAAAAUUUUUUUAUUUUAACUGCUGGUUAAGAACAAUCCUUACUUGUUAUGCAAGGUGUUCUUUCCAUGCAAUGUCCAUGUUCAUGUCGUUGUAGGAGUUGGACAGAAUGCAGACAGUCAUUACAGCUGUGCGUAAUACAGUCAUUGACCUGAAGCUGGCCAUAGAUGGAACCAUCAUCAUGAGUGAGAUCCUACGAGAUGCCCUCGACUCCAUCUAUGAUGGGCGCAUCCCUGCUGCAUGGAAGAAGGUUUGUCGUUAGCUACAUACCAUCUUCUUUGAGCCAUUGUUUAACAUUUUGAGAGUUAAUGUGACAAGAUUCCUUCUUGUGUUACCUUCAAAUUUGAUGGUCAUAACGUUCAAGUGCAGGAGGGUUCUCACUCUGUAGGAAAUAAUAGGCCUGUUCUUUGGUCAACAAGCAACCUGAUCAUAAUGUUAAGUGUAGGAAGGUUCUUAUUCUGUAGCAAAUAAUAGGCCUCUAUGUUGUUCACAACAAGCAAACUUAGUACACAAAAUGUUCCAGCUCCAUCCUUCAGUUAUAGUUAUACUUUUAAUCUUCAUCACAUCUAUUAUUUUUAUAUGAUUCAAAACCCACCAAAAAGUAGAGUAAGUCUAUGGUGGUUUUUUACCUGUAGCUGCCCAACAAGCUCCACCUUUAACAGUGUUUUUAUCAUGAGCUCAUUUAGUUUACAAAAUAAUUUCUGGCAUUGUUUGACGUUUUUAUCCACUUUUCCCUGUUUCAGAUCUCAUGGGAUUCUAGCACCAUCAGCUUCUGGUUGAAUGAACUUCAGGACAGAAACACUCAGUUCAGAUCCUGGCUCUACAACGGUGCACCAAAAUCUUUCUGGAUGACCGGAUUUUUUAAUGCGCAAGGUUUCUUGACCGCCAUGAGACAGGUUAGUUCAUAACAGUUGCUUGCAGUAAAAAAGUAUUACCAAUUUGGAAUCAAUGAAAGAAAAGUUUCAAAAGUUUUAUUUAAAAGUGUUUAUAAUGGCACUUCAGGCUAAUGAAUCAUUGGAUGCCCAGUAAAAAAAAAAGUACUUAAGUAUCGCUGGCCAAAAGUAGAAUCCCGGAAGUAUAAGAAUUCAAGCUUUGGUUUUAUUUUUAGAUUUUUUUGGAAUGUCCUGUUUCCCUGUGUAAACUCUAAAUUGACUUUUGUGUGUAGUUUUUUUGUAUAAAUUCUAAUGGCAAAAAAUGUGUAUUCUCAACAGAAAGUUACCCGUAACCACAAAGGCUGGGCUUUGGACACUGUGGUACUACACAAUGAUGUCACCAAGUUUGAGAAUGCCGAGGCAGUGACAUCUGAGCCACCAGAGGGAAUUUACGUCCAUGGUCUCUACCUUGAUGGUGCUUCAUGGGACAGACGAAACAGCAAGCUUAUUGAGUCUAAGCCCAAGGUGAGAUUUACCUUGUCAAUUGUUAGGAACUAAACAAAAUUAUUUCAAUCUCUUUUAAUAAUGUUAUUUAGGGCAUAAUAUAACUGUCUCAGCACUGGCGUAAGAAGGGAGGGGGCGCGGAGAGGGCGGUACUUUUUUUUUAUAAAUGGAUGGGCCGGUAUUUUCAGCCAGCUGCAGAGUUUUUUUUGUGGAAGGGAGCGGAAAAAUUCUCGCCUAGCCCCCAAGUGGCGCUAACCCUGGCUUUGCCACUGUGUCUCAGUAAUGUUAGUGUAUCCAUUUUACAAAGUACUCUUGAAAUUACCAGGCCGCCUAUCAUAUUACAACAGUUGUACUUUAACCAAUUCUUUACCGAUGACGUCGAUGCGACGUCACGAUCACCCCCUUUCAAUUACCAAGGACGUCAUGUUGUCGUCCUAACAAAGAGGCAAAGAACUUUUCUGAAAUACCAAGGACGUCACGCGGACGUCAUAUUUCAAUGCUAUAUAUUUCUUUAUUCGUUAAUCUAUAGAAAGUUGAAAAACGAAUCUGAUAGAGCUCGGAUAGAGGAUGAAAAAUACAGAAAAUUCCUUAUUUUAAGUUUUAAUUGCUGAGUCAGCAAAAAUUGAUGCCAAAACGAGCGGUAAUGAAGGGGUUAAUAUAAUGAAGACACCUGGAACGCUUGUGUUGUAGAAAUGUACCCAAGUUUAUGAUGGUCCAUCAGGUUCUGUUUGAGGCAAUGCCAGUGAUCCACAUCACAGCCGUCAGUAGCAGCGUAGGUGCACCAGAUGCUAAUAAGAUGUACAAGUGUCCUGUUUACAAGAAGCCCAGGCGAACCGACUUGACCUACAUUGCAGAGGUGGUCUUGAGAACAUCCUCAACCACCCACCCUGAUCACUGGAUUUGUCGUGGUGUGGCUCUCCUGUGUGAUGUUAAAUAAGAACCCCAAUCCUCACAAAUGUGUCUUAUUUUAUUUACAGUUAUACACAUUUAGAAUGCACAAUCACUUUAUGUAAAUUUAACAUAUGAGCUAGUGAAACCUAUAUUUAACAGGAGUGUGUAUUUUCGGGCAGCAAAAUAAAAACUGAAAGAUUUUAUUGAUACACUUAUAUUUUCUCUUCAUUUUUUUAAAAUGUUACGUUUAAUGAUUGAGAAAACUUUAAAUGCAUUAAAUAUUAUUGUCGUACCAAGACAAUAUGGACAUGAUCUGUUAUAAGAUAAUUAUAACAUUUCAGCUACAACAUAAAAGUAAUAUAAAAUUAAACGAUCCCUGCUGCAUAUUACAUUUAUCCAGUUUGGUAUCAAAUCUCUAUUUUUCAUUUGCAUUUAUCACAGUCUCCAAAGAGUCAUCACAACUAUGUUUUGUAUAUUUACCAUUUUUUUUUUGUAUUAAACUGUUUGUAUACUCUGUUAUAUUAAUGUUUUAAAGCACCCUUUGUAACUUUUUCACUUUAAUUAUUAUCAGGUUUAUUAUUUAAUAUAAUGUAUUUUGUAAACUCACGAGAGCCUUUUUUUUUCAUAUUUCAUAACAACCUAAGCAUAUUUCCACUCUCUUGAAUAACUUGACCUUCUUUUCAUAUUGAUUUUCGCCAGUUUGUAACAUUAUUUCUUUUGAUAUAUACUCAAUAUUAUGUCAUUAUUAUACUCUAAUAAUUAAUCUCUAUUUUAAAUGCCUUAUUUAUAACUUCUAGUCUCUGUGCCCAUUAUUUAUACAAUCUCAUUUUUACCAGCAGAGCUGUAACAUAUUUUUUUGGUCAAAAUGCAACUCAUAAUGAAAAUACUUUCAGAAAGUAUACAAUAUUGUGCUUUCAAGUUAUUUGAGCUUUUUAUAAGGUAUAAAAUAUUAUCUUUGAGAUAAAUGAAAUUGUUUAUCACAUAAUUCAUUGAAAUAAGCAUAAUGUACUUGAAUAAAUGUAAUGUAUCAAGUAAGAAUUCAUUGAAAUAAGCACCAUGUACUUGAAUAACCAUAACUUAAAAAUAUUUUAAAAUAAUGAGACCAACAAAUUGAAUAGUAACCGAAUUUUAAGCUUUUCCUGAAGUAAUUUUUCAACUGCAAUCUGUUGUCAAUUUAAUUGGACUGCUACUGCUAUAUCCAAAUGCAUAUUAAAAAACUUAAUUCAAUUAUAUAUUUAAGAUUUUCAUAUAUAUUAAUCAUUCAUCACUCAAAUCUAAAUGUUAUGUAAAGGUGAUGAUAUUUUUGAUCAUUUCUUUUUUCUUUCUAAUCAUUCAUUUAAAUAUUUUCAUGUUCCAAUGGGUAAAAAAAAAAUAUUCCGUCCUCAAUAGUAUAACAUAAUAAAUUUAUAUAUGUUUAAUUUAAGACAACUCAAUGUAUUUAUAAUAUAUAUGUCAAGGUCAUGACCUUGUUUAUCAAAAGGGGCUAUCUGUGAUACAAAUAUCUCUCAAUCUCAUUCCAUUUUGAACUAAUUUUCAUCUACAAAGUAAUUUUAUUUUGAUCUUAUCAUUAAAUAUUUUAGAUAAA